CCUCCCUCUCUCAGUCUCUCCUCCCUCUCUCAGUCUCUCCUCCAUCUCCCCCCCAGUCCCUGUCUCUCCUCCUCCAGCCUCUCAGUCUCUCCUCCCUCCCUCUCUCUCCUCCCUCUCCCCCAGUCUCUCCUCCCUCUCUGUGUUCGGGCCCCACCUCUUCCCCAGGCCCAAUCUUUCUCCGCCAUGUUAGUUUUUCCCGGUCCCGGCCUACUGACCAGGCCGUCUCCCGGGUUUCUAGCUUGGCAGCGGGCGCAGCUGGCCCCCAGGGGCCCCGGCGCGUGACCGGCGGACAGAGCGAGGCUGGGUGAGUGGACAGGGCCCGGACAGGCUGCACGGCUCGGGGGGGCCAGGGCUUACAGACACAGGAGCUAUGUGCACAAUAUAACCCUAUAUACAGUCUAUAUAAUACCUAGAGCAAACCCAGCCUAGAACUCUACCUCCAGGAGGGGAUACAUAACAUUCUAUUUAUACAUAAACAUUAUAUAUAUAGACACACUAUAAUAUAUAUAUAUAUAUACACUAUGUAGCACCAACUGCUGUGCUAUGUGUAGUCAUAGACAUUUGUUUUAUUUAUUGAUCAUUGCAGGAGGUCUGCCUAGAAUUGGGACUAUUUCCAUAUAUAUUAUAUAUAUAUAAAAAUUAAAGGGUGAUAAUACAGGCAGAGAGCUGGGUUCAUUGCAUAUGGAUGUAUAGGUAGAGAGGGGCGUGUAUAUGAUCUGUGUUGCACUUAUAUUUAUAUGGUUGUAGGUAGGCUAUGUGUGAAGGUCCUAACUAAAAACCUUAGUUUUUUUUGUGUGUGUAUGUACAUAUAGAAAUUGUGAUUAUAUAUAUAUAUAUAUAUAUAUAUAUGUGGUUUUUUGGGGAAUAUAUACAUACACAUAAAUACACUGCAUGUUUUAUUCACUGGGCAAUUUGCAUUUGUUAGGAAAAGCAUGCAUAGUGUGUACUUCUGCAAUGUAUGAGAUCUAGAAAGACCCUCAUUGCUUUCAGUAAUAUGUGAGAGUUUGAAGGAACCGAAUGCUUUCUUUAGUAAAUGAGAACUGGAAAGAACGUUAUGCUUUCUGUAAUAUAGGAGAGCUAGAAGUAACCUCAUGCUUACCCUUUGCACACUAAAUAUAACAUGACCCUUCAUACAGCCAGCUGCCCUGCCUGAUGCACUAAUUGCUUGGUGAUAAAAAGAAUCGCAGCAAAACAAUUAAUAAAUAAAUUUGGGAUGGUAGAGCUCCAGGUGUAACCUGGAAAUGUUCCUUGUGACAACCACAUAUGGGUAUUAAAUCAGUACUCCUUUAAUAGGGGCUAAGGUGCACACUGCUGAUCUGCCACUGUUGCUGUUUUUAAUUUAUCAGGUACUCAUAUAGUGAAGAGGGACACCUGCAGGGACAGAAUAUAAUAUAUUGAGGACCUUCUAUCGCACUUGAUAAAACUUCCCUUGACAGAUGGUGAUGUGAGUUAUAAUCGUCACAUACUACAAAGCACAUCAGAUUUGCUCAAAGUAGGGCACCAGCAGGAGUACAAUGUAACAAGCAAACAUUUUAUAAGGGUACUUUAUUGCACUCGCUCAUGUCUAAGCCAGUAACUUUUUAAUCAGAUUUCUUAUGUUUGUGCGCAAGGUAAUAAGUGACACUAAAAUUUAAUUCAGAGUCUGUUAAAGGACCACUCUAGGCACCCAGACCACUUCAGGUUAAUGAAGUGGUCUGGGUGCCAGGUCCAGUUAGGGUUAACCCAUUGUUUUAUAAACAUAGCAGUUUCAUAGAAACUGCUAUGUUUAUUAAUGGGUUAAGCCUUCCCCCAAAGCCUCUAGCGGCUGUCUCAUUGACAGCCGCUAGAGACGCUUGCGUGCUUCUCACUGUGAUUUUCACAGUGAGUGCACGUCAGCGUCCAUAGGAAAGCAUUGAUAAUGCUUUCCUAUGCGACCGGCUGAAUGCGCGCGCAGCUCUUGCCGCAUGUGCGCAUUCAGCCGACGAGGCGGAGAGGAGGAAGAGAGCUCCCCGCCCAGCGCUGGAAAAAGGAAAGUUUUUACCCCCCUUCCAGAGCCGGGUGGGGGCACCCUCAGGGCACUAUAGUGCCAGGAAAACGAGUAUGUUUUCCUGGCACUAUAGUGGUCCUUUAAGGAAUACUCCAAGCGCCAGACCACUUCAUUGAUUUAUAGUCAUGGUGCCUGGAGUCUAUACAUCUAAUGUUUCACUAUAAAACACUGCACAAAGUUUAACCCCUUUGCUGCUGGAGGUGUAACUCCACCAUUGGCAUCGUCAUUUGAGCAUUAUUAGCCAACACGGAACACAAGUUCUAGUCUGGCUAUGUCAAUUCUGUGCAUAUUGUUAUGCACAGUGUUGUAUUCAUUGGCUAAAUGUGGUCAGCUGAUACUCUCUGCUACUGAAAGCUUGGCAGCGUUGCAUCGGAUGUCAUAAGCAUUGCAGAAAAGGAGACCAGGUGAUCUACAGGGAUCUAGUUAAGAGGGAAAAUGUUUGUAAAACUGUUUUUCCAAUUAUUGGGAAACUUCACCUGGGUAUGCCUAUAAUCAUAAUCACUAAAGUGGGCUUUCUUGACAAGACCUACUUUAUUGUACCUAUUCAAAUGUGUGUUAGCACAUAGCUUGUUGUGACUGAUCUUUCAGACCCCAUACAAUGGGAGCAGCUUUUCACAUGUGGUAGUUGAACCCUUCGGUGCAUCCGACAAGACACGUGGUCGUUAAAUAUGUAUUCCUGACACUAUAGUGUUGAACUCUUUAGGGGACUGGCCCCCCUCAGAUCACAUGGGAAAGGUGUUUUACCACCACUUUUUUUUUUUUAAAUCUCAACCAAUCGUACAAAAGGAAAGCAUUGGGAGGCUGUUGCACAUGCACGGCAAAAUGCCACGCUGCACCAAUCAGCAUCUGCUCAAUCAAUGCAUCUCUAUAGGGAAUGUUCUUAUGCAGUGUGUGGCGACGUUAAACACAGCAGUUGAUUAAAAAGCAAAUCUAAUUGCUGUCUGACUGCCACAAGAGGUGUUCCUAGACAGCAAUGUAAUCACUUUUUUUUUUUCUGAAUAAAAAAAGACAGUGCUUAGCCUGUAGGGACAGGCUGUAGACACCAGAACCACUACAGCCCCUCAAGCAGUUAUGGGUCUUGGAAUGCCCUGGACCCACGCAGUCAGGGUUAUGCAUUAGAAUUCAAAUUGGCAGGAAUUUAAAGUGAAUUUUAAAGGCCAGAAUAGCCAAACAGGAAAAAUUCAAGUCAACUGUGCUUUCAGUUUGGCUACGUUUUGCCCUUUAAUUUGAAACUCACUUUUGCAUUCCAAACAGUUUUGGAAUCCCUCUCUCCCAGGCACCUACACCGCAUCUGGUCUUUUUCUUUAGACAAGUUAUCUUCAUUGAGCUAAGGAUUGCCCAUCUAGGACCAUGCUCAUUGGCUGGGAGCACUCAGCUGACACUCUCAGCCAAUAAAAGCAGUCCUGCUCAGUUCAGUGGAGCAAACAAGAUUAUCCUUGGAUUUCCCAGUGGAACCCAAAUAUGUUAUCAAACUGUUCCUAAACACUGUCAAAUUACGCAGGGCACCUGGCUACACAACUACAGGCAGUAUGCAAAAUUCAGAUUAACUCUGUCAAUAUAGAGUUGGAAGGCUUUUCCAGAAUGGCUAUUUUGGCCUACAUUUGGUUUUCAGUUUGGUACAGUGAGGUGGGUACUGCUAAAUCUCAGUAUUAAAUCUCUGUAUUAACUAAAUGUCGUGAUUUAAAAACUCAAUUCUAAAAAUAGGGCAAAAAUAUCUGGUUUGGAAAAAUCCUCCAUCUCAGCAUAUUUUAGCCUGAAUUAUUUUUGUAACUUGAUUUUCUGUUCACUUAGCUCUACAGUUUAGUAAAUAAAGCUUAACCUUAUUUAAAAGGUUAAUGUCAGAGAUGUUUUGCUAGUUGCAAAUUUAUUGCUUUGCUCCUGUAUGUGAACAUUUGUUUCUGAUCAUUUACUUGUAAGCUUAGUUGCGUAUUGUAUAUCAAUGGAGAACGUGUUUGCAAUGUAUAAAUAUAAUCAUCUUAAAAUAAUUGAGAACAUCGGGUAUGGAAUGUGUUUAAAUGCCACAGUAAGGCCUCUCCAAGUAGUGCGCCACUUCAUACCAUGUCUCUAAGGCUAGACUGAAUGCCAUCUAUGUAUAUCUUUGUCAAAUUCCAAGCAGUUUGGGAACAAGACCUUUGUCCAUUCUUUGUUUGCACUAAUCCUAGUUGUCCAUUGUUGUAUUUGUAAACAUUCGAGGAGCACAGGCAUCUAUUUCCUCUCUUGCAAACACUUUGGUAAAAGGUAAAUCCCAAAAAUCUAAGCACAGCAGGGUUUUAUGGAUUAUGUAGAUCCCCAAUCUUCAUGAUGGGGGGAGGGGAUAUGUAUAAAAGUGUUGUAAAAAGUGUCUGAUUAAUACCAACAUUAUUUUGAUUUGCAUUUAUGAAAGUGAUGAUAAAAAAAAAAAAGUGUUUUCGUUAUGGUGAAUUUCACCAGUUUUAACAGAAACUUCCAUUUCAGAAGACUGUCAUAUCUACACUGGCAGGAAAAAAAGAGAACGGAAACUGAACAAUUUGUGGAAAAAGUGGCUGGAAAAAAAUGGCGUGUAUUCAAAAAUUAAAUUUCUGAUGCAAAAAAAAAAGUAACAUAAAUGAAAUUUUUGAUCAAUUGUGUCAAAUUGUUGAAAAAGUUUCAUAGGCACUUUGAUGACCCUUAGCUGGUGUGUCUGCAGUACUUGUUAAAGGGACACUACGGUCACCAGAACUACAACUUACAGAAUUUGUUCUGGUGAGUAGAAUCAUUGCCUUCAGGCUUUUUGCUGUAAACACUGUCUUUUCAGAGAAAAUGCAGUGUUUACAUUACAGCCUAGUGAUAACUUCACUGGCCACUCCUCAGAUAGCUGUUAGAGAUCCUUCCUGGGUCAUGGCUGACCCUAUAGUGAUCCUUUAAUAGAAGUCACUUGGAAGGUUUCUCUUAACUUGGACAUGUUUCAGUUCUUGUUUUCCAUUAGUGAAACUGCUCACUACUAGGUCUGCCACACAUGUGCCAAUCGAUGUUCUACAGGUAUUUCAUGGAAAGCUGUGUGAGCAUAACUGCACACACAGUUUUCCUAAGCGUUGGUUAUUGGCUUUAUUUUAAUUUACAUGCACAUGCUUUGGGUACACUGGGCAAAGCAUACAGUUUUGUUAACUGGUAUGCACGAGGUGCCUAUGGCAGUGUUGGCGAAAGCGCCAAGCUCUAGGCAUGAUGGAAUAACUAGAACACGGAAAUUCAACGUAGGUAAAGUCCUCCCUCUCCUUAACUCCACUGGUUUAUUCACCGGCGUAAAAAUUGCGAUUGUUACUGGGAUGAAGUUCUGCCUCAAGAAUGAUUUAUUGCAUGGUAAAUGAGAGUUCAAAGGAGCCUCAAAUUAAUUGUGGGAGAAACAGGGUUAGCAAAAAGGCUCUAGUGUCCUGGCACCCUCCAAUAUUAAAGGAGCACUACAGUGCCAGGAAAACAAACCCGAUUUCCUGGCACUAUAGGGUUAUUAGGUCCCCCCUCUGGACUGAAGGGGUUAAAACCCCUUCAGCCACUUACCCUAAUCCAGCGCCGGGCUCCCUCUGCACUGGUGACCUCUCCGUCCCUGCUGACGUCAGCUCUCGAGUGGAGCCGAAUGCUCAUGCGCGGCCAGAGCCGCGCACGCAUUAAAACCGCCCAUAUAGCCCCAUGGGGAUCUGAACUCACGCUGCGUGAGUUCAAUGCGAUUUUCACACUGAGAAUCGUGGAAGCGGCCUCUGGUGGCUGUCAGGUAGACACCCACUAGAGGCUGGAUUAACCCUGCAAUGUAAACAUUUCUCUGAAACUAUGUUUUCAGCUGGAGGGUUAAAACUAGGGGGAUCUGGCACCCAAACCACUUCAUUGAGCUGAAGUGGCCUGGGUGCCUAUAGUGGUCCUUUGAGUCCACAAACCUUUUUUAGAAUACUUUGACAACUGACUUGAGUUCCUCAGUGGAGCUAACUGCUCCUGGCUGGAGAAUCUGAGACAGGUAGUGCAGCUGUGUUUGCCCAGAGGGACCCAGGCAAGUUAUCGAACUGCUCUUCAACGGUUUGACUACCUACUCUAGGAGGGUAGGUCUCCUGGUGUGUCAUGUUUCAAAUUCAAAAAUGUUUUCUUCUCCAAGUGAAAGUAUUGAUUAAAAUUUAGGGGUUUGGAAGUUUAUGGGGAUGAGGAAACAGCUGAUUUACUGUGGAACAGUUUGACUUAGCUAGCUCUAUUCAUAUAUUGAUUUGUAUUACUUGAAAAGAGCCGUUUCAUGCUUACACUUGACUGACAGGUCCACAUUAGCCUACUCAGUUUUUCCUGACUAACUUGGGUUAAAGAAGCACUCCACGUAUCAUAACUCACAGUUAACAUAACUUCACUAGAGAUGCAGGCAAGCUGGAAGCUUCUUCUUAGGAACUUCUGUUGCGUCUCACGAGCUAAGCCCUGCACUGCCGGGCCUGGUUUAGGGAGCUUCCUGCUAUCCUGUAUUUGUAGUGUAGUUGGGAGUAGUGCCCAGCAAGGUAAGAAGUCUUAACUGUUCAAAAAUGUUUUGGCUACUUACAAUGGUGGAGAAUCCAGGCACAGUGUGCUGUAGUGGUUAUGUAGCGUUUUCCUUUAAAGGACCACUCUAGGCACCCAGACCACUUCAGCUUAAUGAAGUGGUCUGUGUGCCAGGUCCAGCUAGGCUUAACCUAUUCUUUUAUAAACAUAGCAGUUUCAGAGAAACUGCUAUGUUUAUGAAUGGGUUAAGCCUUCCCCCAAAGCCUCUAGCGGCUGUCUCAUUGACAGCCGCUAGAGGCGCUUGCGUGAUUCUCACUGUGAUUUUUCACAGUGAGAGCACGCAAGCAUUCAUAGGAAAGCAUUGAUAAUGCUUUCCUAUGCGACCGCCUGAAUGCGCGCGCAGCUCUUGCCGCGCGUGCGCAUUCAGCCGACGGAUCGGAGGCAGAGAGCUCCCCGCCCAGCGCUGGAAAAAGGAAAGUUUUAACCCCUUUCCCCCUUCAAGAGCCGGGCGGGAGGGGGACCUUGAGGGUGGGGGCACCCUCAGGGCACUAUAGUGCCAGGUAAACGAGUAUGUUUUCCUGGCACUAUAGUGGUCCUUUAAUGACGUGGAAUAGGUAAAAAUGGUGUAGAAUUAAUACAGAAUCAAAAAAAUUUACGCUGCCUAUAAAUCCAUUAUAGUGGGAAAUAUUGUCAGGAAAAGAACACUAUCAAUCAUGAGCGGAUAAACACACACUGUAUUUAGCAUUAUGCCGUUUGAAAACAUAUCCAAUGUUUUUCAGAAGACAUCACUGUUCCUAUUAAUGUUGUUGUGAAACUGCAGCUUAUUUGUGACUACCCACUCGCCUAGUGACACUGUAGCUUCUGAAUUAUCACAAGGCUGCUUACGAUAAGAUAUCAGUUCCAAUCUGAUGUCCAAAAAUGUUUCUCGAUAUUAACCACAUUAGUGUUUUUUGGCGAUGUUAGUUCAGUAGGAGUGAUGUAUACAAUCAUUUUUGUGAGAGAGAGAGAGAGUGCAACCCAACACCAUUUUUCUGCACAUUGUUUUCUAUAAGUAUGGAAGCAGUGAACCUCUAUGAGAGCAGGGCUUCAUUUUAAAUACUGUUGUAGAUAAUGUGUAGACAUGGGUGCAAAUGUGCAAUCCAAUUCUCUGAUGUCUGUAGUUUUUUGUGCACAAACAAUGCAAUAAUUCAAAGUUGUGGUGCUUUCUUGUUUUCCUGUACAGGGAGCAAAAUCUGGUUAAUUACCAUGCUUAGUGGUUAUUUGCAGAUCUCUUCUCUUAUGAAUGUUUUAGCCCUUGUUGCUUUGCAUUCAUUGAUUGACAAUAGCUUACACCUUAAAAUCAGGUAGCACAAAAAUUAGCUAAUAACAUGUCGUUUGGAACAUAUGGGUGGUAAAAGCUCAGGGCAUCAGAAUACACACAUGCGGAGUUAAAGGCUCACUGCAAAAAAGACAAGAAUUGGAAUUAGAAAAUACAGAUCAUUGUAAUAAUGUAAAGCACUGUAUUUUGUUGGCGCUAUGUAAAUGGCGGUAAUAAUCUAAUUAAAGCUUUUAAUGCUAAUAAGUUUUCAUAUAUUGUUUCUUCAUUGAGAGCAAAGCUAUUCUGCAGCAUUGUAAACAAAUACUGUAGGCGCAAAGGAGCACAUGGAGCCUGGUGUUUGACAAAUAUGCAUAUUGCUACAGGAAAUGAUACCGGUCUGUCAAGAAUGACUACAGUGUUCAUCUUGGAAGAAGAUAAACUUUUUAUGCUUCGCAGGAGCACACCUAGUGGAAUUGGAGAAGAGACAUGCUGGGAUUGUGACAGAGAGUAUGACAGUGUGUUUAAGAGUUUGAUUGUAUUCCUGUAAAUUAAAUGAGGGGCACUUGCUGCAACCUGCCUUGCUCAGACCCAGGUGUAUGUUGGCCAACAGGUGAAUCAGGAGUGCCCCCGAGUAGGAAUCUGGUUCUACAAAUACAUUAUAAAACUUUAAUUACACAUGCACAAACAAGAAUUAUGAAUACUGCCCAGGAGCUUGAUGGCCCUGCUUGUGAGCUUACGUACGAAAUGAUUAAUUGGGAUAAUUGAGAUACAAGGUAGUGAAAGCUAAUAAUUAUUUAAAGUGGUUGUGUUAAGCAGUGAAGCUGUUUACCCAACGGUGUUAAAGGACCAUUAUAGUGCCAGGAAAACAAACUCAUUUUCUUGGCACUAUAGUGUCUUUAGGUCCCCCCCCCCCCACCCUCAUGGUCCCACUCUCGCUGGGCUGAAGGGGUUAAACACUUACCUUUCUCCAGCGCCAGGCUCCCUCGGCGCUGGGGAACUCUCCUCCCUAUGCCGACGUCAGUGUCGAAUAAGCGUGCGCGACAAGAGCCACACGCGCAUUCAAACAGUCCAUAGGAAAGCAUUUCUCAAUUUUCAUAGUGAGAAUCGCGGAAGUGCCUCUAGCGGCUGUCAAUGAUACAGCCACUAGAGGCUGGAUUAACCCUAGUGUAAACUGCUAUGCUUUCAGCUGCAGGGUUAACAGUAGAUGGGCCUGGCUUCCAGACCACUUCGUUGAGCUGAAGUGGUCUGGGUGCCUAUAGUGGUCCUUUAAUGCUUAAAUGGAUGAGCAUGCUGUAUCCUUUAGGAUACACUUUAAAGUCCUAUUAUAUUUUUGUUUAAUUGGAGGUAUAUCUAAAAUGGCUUGCAAAAGCUGUAGAUCUCUUGUCUGAGUCCUUCGCAAGCCCAUCGCUUUUUUCCCAGGCCACACUUUCUGUGGCUGUCCAAUCACAAACUUUCCAAUGCAGCUCAAACUAGGAAGUAGCAAGACCGGUUGUUUGACAGGUAGGGGCUGCAAACAAGGUGCAUUUAUAAAAGGGACAAUUCCUGUUGAAGUCUAAACUUUAAUGAAGUGGUCUGGGUGCCAGGUCCAGCCAGGAUUAACCCAUUCUUUUAUAAACAUAGCAGUUUCAGAGAAACUGCUAUGUUUAUGAAUGGGUUAAGCCUUCCCCCAAAGCCUCUAGCGGCUGUCUCAUUGACAGCCGCUAGAGGCGCUUGCGUGAUUUUCACAGUGAGAGCACGCCAGCAUCCAUAGGAAAGCAUUGUGAAUGCUUUCCUAUGCGACCGGCUGAAUGCACGCGCAGCUCUUGCCGCGCAUGCGCAUUCAGCCGACUGGGAGGAGAGGAGGAGGAUCGGGGGAGAGCUCCGCGCCCAGCGCUGGAAAAAGGUAAGUUUUUCCCCCUUUCCCCCUUCCAGAGCCGGGCGGGAGGGGGUCCCUGAGGGUGGGGGCACCCUCAGGGCACUAUAGUGCCAGGAAAACGAGUGUUUUCCUGGCACUAUAGUGGUUCUUUAACAGUUUUUUGCCUGUCUACUACCAAAAAAGGACCAAAAACCCUAAUUAACACAUUCUUCUAAUUUAGUCUAAAAAAUACAUUUAGAAACCAGUAUUGAACUUCAUUAAAGAGACACUAUAGUCACCAGAACAACUACACCUUAUUGAAUUUGUUCUGGUGAGUAGAAUCAUUACCGUCAGCCUUUUUGCUGUAAACACUGUCUUUUCAGAGAAAAUGCAGUGUUUACAUUACAGCCUAGUGAUAACUUCACUGGCUACUCCUCAGAUGGCUGUUAGAGGUGCUUAAUGUGGCAGUGCUGCACAGCAAACUUAUGUCCUCUUUUUGCUUCCUCCCUAAACAAAAAAAAGUGCAUGUUUGCUAUUUCUAAAAUCUGUUUAAAUUUAGAGAAGUGGCUUGCAACUCCUUGGUCAGGAUUCAAUAAUCCUAUACUGUUGCUAUAUCAGUGAUACCGCUCAAGAUCAGAGCAGGUACAUCCUAUUGAUCAGGCCCCAGACAAGUAACCACAAAACAUUAAUAAUGUGCUAGCACUGACUUCAUAAGUGAAUCAAAGAAAACCAAAUUGCAGAAUUUCGUGGGUUUUUUUUUUUUUUUUUUUUCCAUGGGCUUUUUUCCCAGUAAUUUUUGCCUAAAUUUUACAGUUCAAUUCAGUUCACUAAAAUUCUGAAUUUAGUGAAUUAUCUUCAGUUUAUGAUUUGACCCUACUUAAAAGGAACACUAAAACUACUACAACAUGAUAAGUUUGACAACUUAGCUCCAUCGUGAAUGUCCAUCAGCCAUCACUCAAAAUGUCUCUUCCAGUACAUCUUUUUUUUUUUCAAAUUACUUUAGUUAUGUUUGCAGAUUAAUGAAAGCUGUCUCAAAAUUAUUACAAUGUUGGCAGAGUCUGUCCUGUGUUCAUUCAGCUCUCACACAAAUGUGUUUUUAAAAGAUGGGAGCACCUACAUCUGUAACCGGUUUAGAGUCAAAGUGUAAGAAUGUUUUUUUCAUAUACCGGUGUGUGUGUGUGUGUGUAUAUAUAUAUUCUAUUUUAAAACAUGCACCUGAUAUUACACAAAUAUAUUGUUUCACUUCAUAGGCAGAGAAUCUAUUUUUUUUUUCUUCAUCUGACCUCUGUAUGUUUUUAUAAGUAAGAACAUGCUAUGACUGUUCUUGGAAUCAACAGCAAACCAGAAAACAAACUAAUUUGAAAACAGAGUUAAAAAGUUUAAACAUUAUUUGUUAAGGGAACACUAUGCAUGUUUUCUGUUCCUAAUGUUUUAGUGUACCUAUCUAAAGUUUUGUAGGUCUUGUGGUCAAUUAGAGGGUUAAACACCCUUGCAUGGUUAGAAUAGUUAAAAUUAAAUAUAAUAAUUUCAUCAUUUAUUGAACAACAUUUUUUUCACACACGGUGUUAUAUCCAAUUCUCCAGCUAUAUACAUGCACCUUUGGUUGCAAAGUGUUUGAAAACAGUCUUUUUAGUUUUCUCUACUUUUGUGCAUGGAGACUGUCCUUUUUCAAACACAGUCUGACCAAAGAUGAUAAUAAUAACUAGUAUUUAUAUAGCGCCUUUCUCCCAGUGGGACUCAAAGCGCUUGUCUGCGCACGCUCUCUGAAUUAAAGGGACUCUCCAGUGCCAGGAAAACAAUCCGUUUUCCUGGCACUGCAGGUCCUCUCUCCCUCCCAUCCCCGGUUGCUGAAGGGGUGAAAACCCCUUCAGUGACUUACCAGAGGCAGCGACGAUGUCCCUCGUCGCUGCUUCUUCCUCUGCCCAUGCUCCUCUUCCUCAUCACAUCAGCCGGCGGGGGAGACUGAUCAAUGCCGCGCACGCGCAUUAGACCUCCCCAUAGGAAAGCAUUGAAAAUGCUUUUCAAUGCUUUCCUAUGGGGAUUUUAGCGACGCUGGAGCUCUGUGCUAUAAUUCCUGAAGUGCCCUCUAGUGGUUGUCUAGUAGACAGCCACUCAAGGAGGCGUUAACCCUGCAAGGUAAUUAUUGCAGUUUAUAAAAACUACAAUAAUUACACCUGCAGGGUUAAGGGUAGGGGGAGUUGGCACCCAGACCACUCCAACGGGCAGAAGUGGUCUGGGUGCCUGGAGUGUCCCUUUAACCAAAUCGGCAGCUGACUAGUAAUAGAUGUUAUUAUUACCUAAUUGAUGGUACUCAUUUUAUCGACCUCGGAAGGAUAAAGGGCUGAGUUGACUCUGCCGGGAUUUGAACCUGUGACCUUGCAUUUUUGAACAGGUUUAGAUUGUAUAUGCUGAAGGAUCCAGUCGUUUAUUAAAAGUAGGGUUGUAUUUUGUCACUGUUAUACAUAUACUAUAUAUAUAUAUAUAUAUAUAUAUAUAUAUAUAUAUAUAUAUAUAUAUAUAUAUAUAUAUAUAAAAAUAAGAAACUUUAUGUUUCCUUUUAAAACUUGAUGAAAGGAUUAGUAUAUUAAAAACAAAAAAUUUUUUAGGUGAAAGCUGACCUUUGACCAAUGAUAUAAAUAUUAUAUGCACUGUCGUCUAUAUCGAUGAGUAUUUUAAUACAUCUAAGGUUUGUGUUUAAUCAAUGUAUCACUGUAAUAUUUUUAUUCCUACCUUUUCAGUUUAGCCAUAGCAGUAGGGGAGACAGAAGCCUGAUUGUAUCUACCUGGCUUGGGUUAUUUAUGCCAGUAAGCUACACAGAACUGACUUUUCAUUUCAGUGCAUCUAGCUGAAGAACACAGUUAACAUAACAAGGAUAGAAGCUAUAGAUUUCACCAUAAGUAUUGAAUUUUGUAUUUCAAAUUAUGUACAUAAAGAUUGAUUUGACACAAAGUGUAUCUUUCAAAUCAAGCUUUAUGUAUUGUUGCAUCACACAGUCAUGUAUACAAAAUAACUACUGCAGUAGUAUCUUCAGAAGGAUAUUGAUACCUUAGAGAGAGUUCAUAGAAGGGCUACUAAACUGGUUCAUGGAUUACAGGAUAAAACUUACCAGGAAAGGUUAAAGGAUCUUAACAUGUAUAGCUUGGAGGAAAGGCGAGACAGGGGGGAUAUGAUAGAAACAUUUAAAUAUAUAAAGGGAAUCAACACAGUAAAGGAGGAGACUAUAUUUAAAAGAAGAAAAACUACCACAACAAGAGGACAUAGUCUUAAAUUAGAGGGACAAAGGUUUAAAAAUAAUAUCAGGAAGUAUUACUUUACUGAGAGGGUAGUGGAUGCAUGGAAUAGCCUUCCAGCUGAAGUGGUAGAGGUUAACACAGUAAAGGAGUUUAAGCAUGCGUGGGAUAGGCAUAAGGCUAUCCUAACUAUAAGAUAAGGCCAGGGACUAAUGAAAGUAUUUAGAAAAUUGGGCAGACUAGAUGGGCCGAAUGGUUCUUAUCUGCCGUCACAUUCUAUGUUUCUAAAUUCUGUAGUUUGUUCCUUCAGCACCCCCCCCCCCCAUUUAUGCAUCGUAAUAUUCAACUAAAGUUCUGUUUUCUCUAUUAUUCUAUUUACUUGUAGUUAAACUAAGAAUGUUUAAAUGGGGCCAGAGUUAGCAGGACCUACCAGAAAAACUUGUCAAAUGGAUGGAUUGAUAAAAAGGGCUAGUUUGUACCUUGCUAUUUUCUUCUCCCCUGACUCCAAAAGUUUUAUUUUGGGAGUGUGGGAGUGAUGGGGGUCCUCCAUAGAGCCCCCCAUAUCAAGAUAUUUAAGCAAGGGACUGGAAAGGAAAGCUUCUAAAGUUUCCAUUGUUUAUACAGUGUGGUGGUCCUCUGCUUUAGUCUCUCUCCUGGGAGGUGAGAGCGCACUGACCAAGUUCUGAGUGUUCUAUGCCGUAUGCAGAAUAUGGAUAAUACAAAUUUUCCAGCUGAUUGACUGACAGAAGCCAGAGUUGGAGCUCUUGUCAAUGAAGGCAAAUUAAAUAUCUCAAAACUGGCAGAACUUGUUUAGUUGAUAGUUGCCUACAGGGUCAAUGUAACCCAGUAGUCUAAUCAAAAUAUCUCAGAUCUGGCAGCUCUUUUUGUGCACACUCCUGCGCAAUCAGGAGUGUGCACGAAAAGCUACAAAAGGUGCUGUAACCAUAUAAGUAAGAUGAUUUGGUUAUGGUGCCUGAUAUGUACCUCUGCAGUUAAACAAAAAAAUAUGGAAAUAUCCCACCAAGUGCAACAGUACCACCACCCAGUGUAUAAUAUUACCAUAGACUGGUAAAGAAACAUAACUAAAAAAGGGACUAUAGCGGGUGUACAUUAUGGGUGUCCCAUUUCAGGCUCAGAAUAUUAACUGAUUUUGUGUAUUUACGUGUUAUCUGGCUACUAGAUUAGUCUGUUAAAGUGCUGUCUAAGCAUCCCCCAAACUGUAUUCCAUAAAAGCUUCUGUGGCUCCCACCACUUUUCCAUGUAAUUACAUAUUUUAGCAGCACCAAUGGAACACCGUUUUAUAUUGUCUGAAACAUGGUGGGGUUGUAGUGGUUCUUGGAAGGAAUAUUACUGGUCUCUGCAUGCAUAUGUGGAUACAGCCCUGUUGUAGCACUAGACCUAUUUGAUUCCUUGCAAGUCUAAUGGCUAGUGUAUAGUACAUCUGAAAGGAGUAUGCUGCCCUUUAGAAAUACAAAAAGAAAAGUUUUGGAGUGGCCAUUGGAGUAACUAAAUGACCUCCAUUUGUUUAAAUAUACAUAGGGAAUAAGGAGAGAGCGCAGUUAACUUCUUUUUUUUUUUUCUUUGCCCUUUAGAAAUAGUUGCUCUCUUACAACAUAUCUACUUAAUGUACUUCCUCAACAAGCACUGAAUAGGGGUGCAUUUAUUGAGCAUCCUUUAUCUACCAAUUUCCUGAAAUAUCUUCUGAUUAUGGGAUUUUUAUAGCUUGAGUUCGCUGGUUUCCUUUAUAUGUGAUUGGUAUCGGCUAAAACUCCCACCAAAAACUGCUAUAAAUAAUUAUAUAAUCCAUAAUUUUAAUUAUAUAAAUUCUACACUAGAGACUAUUUUUCAAAAAUACUGCUGGGCGCUCCUCCUUGCCUCUACCAUCUUUGGCUGAAAGCUACUUUCCAUUUCAGGAUAUAAUUUUGGGACUGAAUGGUUAAUUGAUGUAAAUAAAUGGAUAGUAAUUUUCUUCUAUCUUUGUUGCAGUUAUUGUCACACCACCAGUCAUGGGGGACAUGAAGACUCCAGACUUUGAUGAUCUUCUGGCAGCUUUUGAUAUUCCUGACGCCACAAGCCUGGACCCCAAAGAAGCUAUCCAGUCUACAAGUGAUGAACCAGAAAAUCACCUUAAGCCCUCAGGAAUGUGCUUGGAUGAAAACUUGUCCUUGUCUCAGUCUGUGCCAGCUCCUGAUGUUCCUGCGGUCAGUGUCAUUGUAAAGAACACCAGUCGACAAGAAUCCUUUGAGGCAACUGAAAAGGAGGGUAACCACAUGGGUUCAACUCUUCUGCAGAAUGGCUUCCGUAGCCCAGAAGUGGGAAAUGAACCACAUGCUCCUGAACAAGCGUAUGUCAAAUUUGAACCAGGCUUCAUUAAUGGAGACAGUUCAAGAGGUUAUAAUGACAAACUAGAGUCACAUAAGUCAGAACCAUUACCAACGUUUAACCAGUUUAGUCCAAUUUCUAGCCCUGAACCUGAUGACUCUUCAAAAGAUAAUGGAGUUUUGAGCAAACAUAAAGCCGCAGAAAGUUCUUACUUCCCACAGUCCUCUAUUUACGUCCCUACAGAUCCUUGUGUUGUGGAUUCUCUGCGGAAGCCUGCAGAAACUGAGCUAAGCAUGUUUGAUGAAUACUGCAAGAAGGAGCAGAAAUCUGACAGCAAGGAAAUGGAGAAGGAGAGGUCUGCAGAGCAAACCAGAGACGCAGAUAAAUCCAAUAGUUUUCUUAGUGUGUCUUUGCCGUUUAAAGACGUUCAGGAGAAUACCACAGCUGAAGAUAAGGUCUUUUCAGAGUCAAGUGCAUGUUCUUCAGCUGUGCCUCCUCGACAGCGUAUUAAACCUGCUCAUUCUAAGCUGUCUUCCUGUGUGGCUGCUUUGGUAGCCCUGCAGGCCAAAAAGGUUGCCAUGGUUCCAAAGGAAGAACCAAUGAGUACGUCUAAGGAGACAGUUGCACCAGUAAAAGAAAGUAUUAAGGGAAGUCCAAAAAUGCCCAAGUCCCCAAAAAGCCCUAGGAGUCCACUGGAAGUGGUUAAGAAGAUUAUUAAACCCCCUGAUAGUCCAAUGAGUGUCUGCAGUGACACAAGCAGCAAGGAUUCUCCUUCUGUCUGUGCUGGCUCACCUCCUGCUAUCCCUAAAGUGCGGAUUAAGACAAUAAAGAUGUCUUCUGGGGAGAUCAAAAGAACAGUAACCAGAAUUUUGCCAGAAGUGGAAUCUGAUGACAUGGUAAAAUCUCCAGAGGAUUUGCAGGGUGAGAACUCCUCUGGUGAGGAUGUAAAAACCACUAUUCCUUUGGAGGAUGUGUCUUCCUCUGAAAAGUUAAAGACUCCAGUUAGAACUGCAACACCCACCAACAGUCAGGGACCCAGUGCAACAAUUCCCCAGGUAACCAAUUCCAAAGGUGAGAAGAAAAAGAGUGUGCCUACUUCAAAUCUUAAUAACCCUGGCAGCGGCUCAACAAAGACUUCAAACUCCUCACAAACCAAGAAGCAGUCACCAGCUACAACUAAGGCAGCAUCAAACCCAACUACUCAGCUUCCCAAAGCAGUCCAUCUUGCCAACCUAAAUUUGGUUCCUAAUAGUGUCACUAUACCUGUGGCAGCAAAGACUACACCAGUCAGACCAAUACAACCUUUGACUGUGCCAUUGGUACACCAAGUUAAGAUAGCAGCCCCUGUCAUUGUUGAGGCUUUUAAUAAACUUCUGCACAGUGCAAAUCCUGUACCAACAUAUGCCCCAAAUUUAAACCCACCUCCUGAAUGUAAUAUUCUGCUUCCUUCUUCUGGCUAUACAUGUCUGGAGUGUGGGGACUCAUUUGCUUUGGAGAAAAGCCUUACCCAGCACCACAACAGACGGAGUGUGCAUAUAGAGGUUAUGUGUACACAGUGCUCUAAAACAGUCCAGUUCUACAACAAAUGCAGCUUGUUGGGUCAUGCCAGGGAGCACAAGAGCAAGGGCCUUAUUAUGCAGUGCUCUCAACUCAUGAUGAAGCCCAUCUCUGCAGAGCAGAUGCUUUCGGCACCCACUUUAAUUGCUCCCGCACUCACUGCACAGCUUUCACCUGCCGUUCAACGGACAAUAGGUUCAACAGCGUCAUCAACCACGUGGUCUGGGACUUCGUAUGCACCCGCCAUGCCUCUUUAUGCAGACCCAUAUGGACUGAUACGCCAUGGGUUCAAAUGUUUAGAGUGCAGCAAGCAGGUGGAGGAUUAUACUUGUCUGGCAGGACAUUAUCAAAGGGUGGCCGAGGAAAAAGAUGGACUGGUGAGUGUGGGUCUGUCUUCAUUCAAGUUAGGGUGUAACUGUCUUUUGCUUUCAAAAUCAUGUAUUCGUUCUAUUAUGGUUACUUGAUAAGAACUGUGUUUGUGCACACUGACUAGUAACAUUACAGAACAUUGUUAUUAGGCAUUUAUAAGAUAAAAUAAUUUGGAUCUCAAAUCUUUUAUUUUCGUUUUUGUUUUUCACUUGUAUUACAUGUAUAUAUUGAUUUUAAAUUUUAGUUUGGUCUUUGAUACAGACACAUCUUAUCUAAAAUAAUUAUAACAAUGAAAACCCAUUAGCCUAACCAAAUCCAAAAUUAUAAAGGUGUGUGUGUGUGUGUGCGUGCGUGCAAUUUAGAUACAUUUAAUGCAGCAAAUUCAUUCAUGAAACACAUGUCCAGUAUCACAUUGGUGCAUCAAUGUUACCUUUUUACAUCUUUUUUCACUAGUCAGGAGGCCAAAAAAGAAAGUUUUGCAGAAUGCUGUACCAUAAGACUGCCUCCUAAACCACACUCCCUCACUCUAGAAAUAUAAACAUCCUUGUCAAAUGUAUGCGCUCAGCCACUCACAAUAUUGAAUGAUCUGAAUUCUAAAGCAUUAGGAGAAAAUACCCAGGGAGACAUAGUGAGGCUAUCAUUACCUGACAGUUUGCAGUCAUGUUUUGAAUUAAAAACCGCUGAGUGUUAUAGGGGCUGAGCUGUGUCCAUACAUUUGAUAAGGAAGUCUUUCUGACAUGAAGGGCUGUGGCUAAGAAGGCAGGCUUAAUGUGCAGCAUUCUGCAAAAUAUUAGAUUUUUGUGCAAAAACUAUAAAGAUGUGAGUGUGCAAAAAAAAAAAAAUAUAUAUUAUUAUGGAGGCCAUAUGCAUACAAGUUGUAUUAGGGCCUAGAGUGCCCCUUUAACUACGUAAUUAAAGGGACACUAUAGUCACCAGAACAACUACAGCUUAUUGAAUUUGUUCUGGUGAGUAGAAUCAUUACUUUCAGGCAUUAUGCUGUAAACACGGUCUUUUCAGAGAGAAUGCAGUGUUUACAUUACAGCCUAGUGAUAACUUCACUGGCCACUCCUCAGAUGGCUGUUAGAGAUCCCUCCUGGUUCAUGUCUGCCUAAAAUGCAUCCAAACAUUCAGUAUCUCCUCCCUCUGCAUGCAGACACUGAACUUUCCUCAUAGAGAUUCAUUGAUUCAAUUCAUCUCUGAGGAGAUGCUGAUUGGCCAGGGCUGUGUUUGAAUUGUGCUGGCUUUGCCCCUGAUCUGCCUCUUUGUCAGUCUCAACCAAUACUAUGGGGAAGCAAUGUGAUUGGAUCAGGCUACCACUUUUGAUGAUGUCAGCAGACUUCUUGUUUUUGUUUAGGCAAAAAGCAUGCAGAUGUACAGCUUCAGGCUUGAAUACAGUAAGAUUGUGCUAUAUUUAUGGAGGCAUGAGGGGCCCAGGGGUGCUAGAUGGUGGUUUUAACACUAUAUGGUCAGGAAUACAUGUUUGUGUUCCUGACCCUAUAGGAAUCUUUUAAGAACUAGUGGUGGUUAACCAAAUAAGCACCUCACAUUUAUCAGUUUGCCAGUUAAAUAAUAAACAAUCCUGGUCACAGUCUAUUCUCACUAAAUUCUUUAUACAGUCCCCUUUCUCUUAUACAUACCCACAUAUUAUGUAUAAUAUUACAUAAAGUAUUGUAUGCAGUGCUUUUUUAAGGUAUGAUAAUGGCUCAAUUCAAGUGUAUAAACACUGGAAGCAACAUAACUUUUUAAAGGGUCACUAUAGUGUCAGGAAACAAAGCGGUUUUCCUGACACUAUAGUGCCUUGAGGGUGCCCCCACCCUCGGGGUUCUCCUCCCGUGGCGCUGAAGUGGUUAAAACUCCUCCAGCCACUUACCUUAAUCCAGCGCCGGGCUCCCUUGGCACUGGUGACCUCUCCUCCCCGUCCAAUGUCAGCUACCCUGUCCGAUGUCACUGGAGCCGAAUGCGCCAAGGGAAGACAGCCACUAGAGGCUGGACUAACCCCAAAUGUAAACAUAGCAGUUUCUCUGAAACUGUUAUGUUUACAUGUGAAGGGUUAAAACCUGAGGGACCUGGCACCCAGACCACUUUAUUGAGCUGAAGUGGUCUGAGUGACUAUAGUGUCCCUUUAAAGAUUGCUAUUGUGGUCAUAUUGCCUCUGUUACCACCACAUGUUUAAUUUCAAACCUUUUUGCAAUGGUUUGAUAAAAACUAGAGAAUUUCCCAGGCCCAGGGGGCGUUCACAUAUCGGCCAUGUUGGUUGGUUGAGAGUGAUGAGCAGACAUACCCCCAGCAAUCAUUGAUGUUCAGGUUUAAACAAAAUUGACCAUUGUUAUGCAAAUAGUUAAUUACAAAUUAUGAAUUUGGCGAUGAGGAUUGCUAGUUUCAGUCACUGAGCACAGCCCUAGUUUAUAUUGAACUUUUCCUAAACUGUUUGAUAUUACACCAUAGUAUGGGACAGGGAUACUUUAGGCUACCUAACCACUAGAGCAGGGAUAGGGAACAUUUUAGUAGUACGGUGUCAAAACAAGAUCUUGAAGUCCCUUGGCAUGCUGGUUAUAUUUUUUUUUUUAAUUGGUGUGUAUGUUGUCGUAUUUUGCUUGUCGUAUGUAUGGGUGCUGCAGUUGCUUUGGAGAGUUUUUGUGUGUAUAUAGGCUGUUAUAUGGUACACGUUUAUAAUGAAUAGUUUGUGGUAUUGUGUAUGAUACCUAUCAAUGUGGGCUGCUUAUGGAUUUGUGUGUGUGGAUGAUAUGUCACAUUGUGUGUUUGGUGUGUGUGUGUGUGUGGAUGUAUGUGUGGGGCUGCUUGUGGUAUUGCAUGUGAGAGACUGCUUGUGGGGUUGUGUGCAUGUAUAUGGAUUGUCAGUGGAGUUGUGUUUGUGGGGACUGUGUCUGUUUGUGUGUGGGAUGUUUAUAAUUUGUAUAAGUGGAAGGUAUAUUCUGCAGCCCUAUGUAUAUCUUGCAGUGUGGGUGACUCCCAGGGGUCCAGUAAGGACCAAACUGGCUAAGUACAGAUCAAGGGUGGGAGCUACAAUAGCUGCUGCAGGCUUCUCUCCUCCACUGCAGAUUUCUAUUCACAAGUAGUCGGAGGAAGUGAUCAGAGGUCCCUUGACUACUUUUUGCACUAGCAGAUAUCUGAAGUUCCACUGGAACUCCUUAUAGGCCAGAGACUGUUUGGUUCUGGCAGCCUUGAGUGCAGUGCAAAUGCACCUCGAGUGCCAUAGAUUGAUGACCCCUGCCCUAGAGCAAGCUGUAGUGAUAGUUAUAAAUUGCCUUUAUUAAUUGUUAUUGUUAAAAAUGAUAUUGUUAAAAAAAUGCCUGUAAAUUAAAUGGUUAUGGGAAAGCCCUCUCUUAUGUCAUUUUUUUUUUUCUCUCUUUUCUGUUCAUCUACUAUCCUAACUAGAAAUGGAUAGCCUUGGUAUCCCAAAUGUUUGUAUAGUCCUUUUCCCUUGAUUACUCAACCAACAGCAUGGGAGGUAGCAUUUACUAAAACCUGCUGUGUAACAGUUGCUCAUUAACACACCUCAACUUUUUGAGCUUGGUACCUUUGUGCUUUUUGCCUGGGCAACACUAGUUGUUUUCUUCUGCAUAGCACCUUUGUAGUCUCACUGAGGGAAGUAAUUUCACUUUUAAAUUUAUAUUGAUAUCACUACUUCUUGAUCUCACUCUUGCUUCUCAUCAGCUAAUUGUUAGGUUGGAUUAUGAAUUGGUUAUUAGAUUUUUAGAUUUUUAUUUUUCAUGUACAUUUUAUAUGACUUCUUAAAUGAGGUGUUUACUUUUAAAUCCCAAGAUCUUUAGUUUAUUGAAUGGCAUCUGAUACUGGGCUAUAUCUUACAUAUUUGUGUUUUUGUAGACCGGGUUGAUACAAUACUGCCCAUCACCUGGCAUUUUAAAUCAAGCCAGAUCAAAAUGUACCACUGAUUUGAUACAAUUUGUGCGUUUUAAUGGUGAUAUUUUUUUAAAUCUUCAUGUAUUGGUAUGGAAAUAAAUUUACAAGAUAUAAUAUCUUUGUCAAUCUCUUUAUAUGGUUCCUUAAAUGAUAAGGGUGGUGCAGUAGACUUAUUUAUUGAAUAAAACUCCACAGGUAAAUUUGUACGUACUACCUGAAAAGAAUAUAUGCACAUGUCUAGGGUGCAAUGUUUUGUGUCAUCUCACAGUAUUUUUAUUUUAUUGUUUAGGCUGGGGGGGGAGAGGAGGGGGAGAACACUUUCCUUUUUUUUUUUUUUUUUUGAGCAGUUCUGAUUCUCACUAACAUGAUAAAUGUAUGAGUGCACAAGUUGUAUUCCUCCCCUCAAUCAUUUUAUUUUGUCUUUCCUCUUCCAGACAUGCCAGGUGUGCCAGAUGAUGCUUCCUAACAAGUGCAGUUAUGGCGCUCACCAGCGCAUUCACACACACAAGUCUCCGUAUUGCUGUCCAGAAUGUGGGGUGCUCUGCCGAUCUGCCUAUUUUCAGACCCAUGUGAAGGAGAAUUGUCUGCAUUAUACUCGCAAGGUGGCAUUUCGGUAAGUCUUCCUAUCAGCUCAGUAAAAUAUCAUCCUCGGUUGUACAGGCAAAGCAGUGAUAGACAUUGUGUAUGUACUUUGUGUUUGAAAUUUCUAUCCGUAUACCCAAUGUAUAACAGCAUGCAUAGCAUCUUGCUACUAGUCCAGAUGCAUGUGAGAAAACUGGUACAUUAGUUUAUUUUUGUUUUAGUUUCUAUACUGUUUGAAGCUCAGCAGUGAUUUUCUAGGCAUUAUCAGUGUAGAACACAUCACCACAUAUAGAUGUCACUUUCGGGGAUCUCUGCAUAUUCCACAAAGAUCCCCGAAAGUGACUGAUCCUGUGUGGGUCUAGUGGUUGCGGGGUGCAGGGGAGGUACAUUUUAAUGCAUGCUGCUGUCCUCUACAGUUCCUGGCACUUAAUACGCCAGGAGCCAUGUCCGUGCUAUACUCUCGCAUAAGCGCUAGAGUACAGCUCUGAAGUCUGUGGAGUAUCCAAUGAUUCCUCAGGAGCCUCCAUACAUCGAUGUCUGAAUCCCAUAGUCAUCAAUUGUGACGACUGCUGGGAUUGGACAAAAGUCGAGUUCCGCCUUUUGUCAACCUCAGAUAUAUCAUAAGACAAAGUAGUCCCUAAUUUGUUUUAUAUCUAUUGAUUGUGUUGGAAUUUCAGUGAAAUUCUAAAGCAGUCUUGAUCCGUAUUCCAUAAGGAUUAUGAAGAGUAUGAAAUGCUUGGCAACGUAAUGUUAGAUAUUCAAAUAUCUGUAGUUUUCCUUACUUUGUGAGAUUGCCAUCAAAAUUGUAUUUUUAUUUUUUAUUUAUAAUUGAUAUUGUGAAUCAUACCAAUACAUAAAUAUGCUGAAAUAAUAAGACAACAAGUCUGCAUUGAAAUGUCACACAAUUUAAACAUGUAUACAAUGCAUUUUUAUUAAAGGAACACUAUAGUACCCUAAACAACUUAAGCUUUAUGAAGCAGUUUUAUUCUUUAUUUUUUGCGUGCAAGAGUUAACAUAGCAGCUUACUCUGCCACAAUAACAUACGUAAGCGUGGUCAUAACACAUUGAUUUUAGAAUUAUGGCAUUUAAAGUAGUGCACAUUUUUUGAAUAUAGAUGCUCAAACAAAGCAUAGACUACUUGAUUACAAAUUGCAGUUGUAUGAAGUAGUUUUAGUGUAUAGAUCAUGCCUCUCAGGUUUUACUGCUCAAUUCACUGCCAUUUUGGAGUUAAAUCACUUUGUCUCUGUUUAUGCAGCCCUUGUCACACCUCCCCUGACUCUGAUUGACAGAGCCUGCAUGAAAAAAAAAAACUGGUUUCAGAUGUAAUUUACCUUAAACAAUUGUAUCUCUUGCUCUGUAAAUUGAACUUUAAUCUCAUACAGGAGGCUCUUGCAGGGUCUAGCAAGCUAUUAACAUAGCAGGGGAUAAGAAAAUCUAAAUUAAACAGAACUUGCAAUAAAGAUUGGAUAAACUUUAGAUGACUCUUUGCAGGAAGUGUUUAGGAAGGCUGUGCAAGUCACAUGCAGGGAGGUGUGACUAGGGCUCAUAAACAAAGUGAUUUUAACUCCUAAAUGGCAGAGAGAUUUGAGCAGUGAGGCUGCAUGGGGCAUGUUUUAUACACCAAAACUGCUUCAUUAAGCUAAAGUUGUUUUGGCGACUAUAGUGUCCCAUUAAAAAAACAAAACAAAAAAAAACCAGAAAGCAAAAGUAUAUUUUAUUUAAAUUGAAACCCAAUUCAUAUUACUAUAGUAGGAUGCCAUUUUGUAUCAAAGUUAAAUAUUUAUGUAAUGAUCUGGAAAAAAACUUUCACCAAAGUAAUCAUCUCAUGAGUUAUUCACUAAAAUCUGAAAGGCCCUGUACCGAAUGGAGCAAAAUCCAACAUUGUUCACAGUAUUUACGUGACAGGAUUUGGGAAACCAAGCUCUGAAUGAGCCUGAAUUUGGUCCAGGUUUCAGCCAGACUGAAUGUGGAUCCAGAGUGUUAAAAACCAGACCCAGUACUUAAAAUCAGAGUCUGGGUUUAAAAAAAAAAAAAUGUGAUCCAUUUGCACUGCCAAUGGGCAAAUAUUAGUUAAAAUUAUCAUUCACUUGUAAAAAGCAGGUAAUGAAAAUCUGAGAAUGUAAAAUUGUGUUCUACCAGUUGCAUUCUUUUUUUUUUUUGUUUAUCAGUGCUUUGUAAAUAUUUUAGAUACUAUCCUUUUGUAUAGGGUUUGGAUGCACUGAUUUUUAAAUCAAACACCGAAUGAAUCUUCGGAUCAUCGGAUUUUGUGUAGAUUCGGUCAGGUUGACCAACUUCUGACCAGAGUUGGCUUUAGCAAAUAUGAGAUAUGCUAUUUUGGUUGGAAUUUGUCAAUUUUCUCUGAAAUCUUCCAUCUGGAUAAAAUUACAUGUUAAUAUGAAUAAUCUUGUAUAUAUUUUUUCCUUUUCUGUUGGCAACAUAUUAUUGUUGGAUUGAGAAAAGUCCCUCACAGAUCAAGAACUACGUAUUUUUAUAUAGAACCAUAUAAUAAAAAAAAAUAUAUAUAUAUAUAUAUAUAUAUAUAUAUAUAUAUAUAUAUAUAUAUAUAUAUAUAUAUAUAUAUAUAAAAACAUUUUUUUUUUUUUUCACUUGCUCUUCUCAAUGACGAACUAGUGUAAGGCUGAGUGCGUCAGCUGAUGUCCUUAGCCUAUCACUGGCGCCUGGUCCAAGGUUUCCGACCUAAAGCCUCAGACAUUGAGCUGAAGUGCAGUGCCAGAGCGAUCUGGUGCCAGCUUGCAUUAACAGAUUAACCCUUUCAGGUAAUAGGGUGCCUGGGACCUGAUUACACUACAACAAGUUAAUUUUGUUGUUGGUAUUGAUAUAUUAUUUUAACCAACAGAUUGCUUGCACUGUAACCUGUUUAUUUUGUUAUUGUGAAAAUUUCAACUUAAUGACAAGGCCACUAUGUUAAAAGUGUACUGCGUGAAUUAUAGCUUGUAUACGGAAACUACUAGUACCAUAUAAGCAUUUUGUGCUAAAGUUAGGAAGAACUCGCUCUGGCCAUACCAAAAGAGCUCUAGUGAUUCACCGCUGCCAGAUUGUCCUUGGCCUAGUGCACAAACACACACAGUGAAAUUUAGUCAUUAUAAUAUUGCAGUAAACCAUAGUUAUGAUGCUUGGAAAAUGUCUACAUAAAAGCAGUUUACAAUCAUAAUGGACAUAUGUACAGCUUUUAAAAUGAAUAACAAUUUAAUCAAACUAAUACACCUUUCUAAAUAACUAGUGUAAUGAUCCAAGAAAUGGGCUAAAUCUGGAGGCUAUUUAAAGCAAUUUGCUUCAUGUUCAAAGGAAAACAUGAAUCUUGGUCCUGGGAGAACCUUAAAUUACCUGUGUCAUGUCUUAAUGGACAAUCAUAAAGUUAACAGUAACCAACCCAUAGUUUAUAUCUAAGUUAUGUAUUCAUUGAAUAUCUUGAACGGUAACAUAUGUUUGGAACACCAAGUUAUGCUCGAACAUAGAUGUCAAGCAUACCUUGCUGCAGUAAUCUGGUAAUUGGCUUGUGAAAAUCUCAGUUGCCUAUUAAAUGAGCUAUUUAUAAGAAACAUAAUAUAAUUACAAUUUUAUUUUAUUUUUUUGCAUAAGAUGAUGAUUGGAGUGUCUGGGGAGUCUUUUUGGUUUUCCAAGCAGAAUUGACUGCAGUAUGUGACAGAUCUAGUAGCAGGCCAUGUACAUUGUAAGUUGGUUGUCAUGAGGAAAAAAUAUGCUAUAUUUUCUGUUUGUCAAAGAGCACAACAAUUGAAGUAGACAGGAGGGAUUUAAAUGCCUAUAUUAAAAUGUAUAAAACUUGUAAAAACAAAGUAUGACAAAAGACUUAUUUUUCAACUAGCUGUAAGCUCAGCAGAUUGUAACCGGGUAACUGAUGAUAGAGUCUCAAUAUAGAUGUGUUAGCAUUAAGAAGUGUUUGAGAACACACUGAAAAAGUGAGGGGAACCAUAUAUAUGUAAAAGGUCAUAGGCCUGAAUUUGUGGGAGGAGUUUUCCCUAUAUAAACUCUACCCCCUUACUUACCUAUGCCGUUUUCUGUUCAAGCGACCAGGCUGCCACUUCCGUUCUGGUCCUUCCCUCCAAUUUUCAACUCUCGGACCCAGCAGCCCACGGACCCGGCUUCCGUGUCGCAAGACCUGACACGCUUACGUAUGUAGUCGAGGGAACCCAUUUGCGGUGUUCACACAUUCGGGCAUACCAAACACAGGGAUUGGCUUCCAUUAUGUUCUCAUACACGUGUACCGUUAGUUUGCUUUCGUUUAAACUCUCCUGUGCUUAUUACUCACAUUCACAGGUUUUCGCUUGUUCCCAUACAGCUUGUUCGUUCACUUAUGUUCAUUCCUCUGGUUCAAACCGUACGUUUGUUUUCUUUAUUCCGUUAGUACGUUGUUUGAACCAUGCAUUCGGUUAAAUCUCAUCCUACUUAGAUGCUGACACUUAAGCUUUUGUUUCAUCCGUUCGGUUGGGCUUUCUCAGAAAUUAAUUGUUCGUAUAACCUAUAAGGGUUGGACAGGGUUUACUGUUCGUUUCAGCAGGCACUUUAUUUCACUCCAUUCGUGCAGGCCUUUCUGUUCGGUUUCUUUCCUGCACUUAUUAAUGGAUAUUUGGUUUCCCGCUCACUACCUCCAUCUGUGCAUUUCAUUGCUGUUCACAGUUCGGUACUUUCCCAAUGUUCUGAAAUAUAUGGCACAUUUUAACUUCACAUAUCCAUUUGUAAAGAUAUAUGCGCAAUAGGCUAUAUAGUCUAUUAAACCUCGUCCAGUUCAUCUGGGAUUCCUGUCCACAAAUCAAUAUCACUAGAUGGUCACAUACGCUUGUUUGUAAUAACGCUAGGUUAAACACAAUUUUAGUGCAUAGAUCUCUAUUACAUAUAUAUUUCCCAACUCACUUUGUUCUUAUUAUACCAUGUACUUUAGGUGCCCAUAUCAAUUUUAGUAGCAAGCAUAUUAGGAAAACCAAGAACAGCAGUGUUCAUUCAGCAAUCUUGUUCCAGGUAUUUUUCCUUUCGUUUAUAUAUUUUUCAUUAAACCUUUAUAAUAAGGCCUCACUCCUGCCUUUUUUAUGUUACACGUUUGUGCUUAAUUAGGGGCUUGUCUCAUUGUAUCAGACCCACGUUUAGGUCCUUAAAACAUUUACGUUCAUACAGUGACUUCUUUUGUACUAUCUGUUUUCCAGCCUUUACUAUUACUCCACUAGACAAACUAGGAUAUGGAAGUUAUAUUCUCACAUCUAUCAGGUAUUUUAUAAAAUUUUCUCUUUAUACUCUUCUCCUAAAUUUGUGCCUUCUUUCUUUGCCCCCACAUAUCUUCAAUUAUUCAUAGGUGCACUUAACAGACCCCUCUCUGGUUAUAAGUAUGCUCUCACCAGCUCCUUAAGGGUACAUUCUGUUUAUAUACACAAACCAGUAUAUCACGUGUCACAGUUUGUUGAUCUUUAUUUCAGAUAGGUAUCAGUUCAACUAUAUCUUCCGACCAGCUCUGUCUUCCUUCUGUUCCUAUUUCAGUCUAUUUAGGUACAUACGUUUACAAUUACGCAAUUUGUUAUAAGACAAGCCCCUUCUAGGGAUAGAGUGUUGGGAGCUGGCUUUAUUGUAUUAACUUUCUUUAGGAUCCCGCGAGGCCAACUCCCCACCUCUCUCGGAGGUAUUGCCCACACGGCCCUACGUUUAGAUCAACUUGCCUCAUAUCCCCUUCUGCAGGGGUUUUAGGAUGUCACAUGCCAUGGCAGUAAGCAUUUUGACUCUUUACUGUCACUGAGAUGCUGACCCCCUGCCACACCAAUAGUGGCCACGAUCACCCACGAGACAAAUCAUAGGUAGAGCCUAUCAUGGACACUUGGCAACUAGCAGGGAUUCACCUGUCACGGGGUAGUUAAGUUCUACACCACCGGCACUAGCUAGCAAGCCAGUUCUAAAUAUGGAUAUCAUCAUUAGCUUUCAAAAUAGCUUUAUUUAGUUAUUUCUUUAUAGGAUGUCGCAAGAAUCAAUCCAAGGAGACAACCUGUCUCUCCAGGGCACUCCUUCCAGGCCCAGCAUGCCUGUUAGAUCAAGCUCACCUGCAGAAUCUCUCAUUCCUGCUACCCCUGGGUCACUGAGAUCCUGAACCAUACCCAAACUAGCCGCAGAACUACGCUGUAGAAGCAUCUCUUUCCCGGCCAGAGCUAGGAAAGUGGAGCUGUAUAGGUUGCUCGCAGGUCACUCCAGUGAUCCCAGCCCCGGCACAAGUUCACAGGAGUUCCAUGCCGGCAGUUAUGGACAAGUUCAGGACACCUUGUCAUCUAUCUUUUCUACCCUUCAGUCGCUUAACGAAAGGAUGAUCAAAAUAGAAACCAUCAUCCUUACUAUCGCUCCCACUCCCACCACUUCACGCGUUAUUGCCCCUGCACACUCCGUUUCCGCUUCUAUUAAGAAAGACAUUCUUGAUGGUAAGGAUGUCAGCCUAGUCUCUCUCCUUAUUGCUUCGCAGGACGUAGUUGAAAAUAGAGCUUUUAAAUAGAGAUAUUUCGUUGAUCCUUGUCACAAUAAAAAAACUCUCCAUCCCCGAAUUCGUCCUCUUUGGGUUAUUCAGAGAUGUAAUUUGCUUUGAAUACCCCAGAGGUGAGAGGAAUUCGACCUCUAUUUACACAAGGUGGUGGACCUGGGGCACAAGUAUGGGGGUUUCGCUUUCUACGAUUACCACAAGUCUGUAUCAGCUAAAGCAGCAGCAGCUCUGGCCCAAUUCAACACACGUAUCGAUUGAAGUCAGUUGGACACAGAGCUGUUCUGCAGGCAUUUCACUGUCUUGAGACCCCCUUCUUGUGGGUUAUGUUCCUCCACCACUCACUCCUCCAACUUGUGUCCCUGCAAAGCAGACCCCUCUACCACCCCCUCUCUGAGUCAGGAUAGGGGCCAAAGAGAUAAGCUAGGCAGACCGGUCGUAUUCUUGGGCAAGGCACAAGUGUGCAACAAUUUUAACGCAGGGACUUGCAAUUACAACACUUGCAGAUUGUUGCACAUUUGCUCCAUCUUCAGGGCACAUAUAAAAUCCAUGUGCCCCUCUAAGUUUUUCCCUAAGAAAUGACUAACUGAGAUUAACAUCAACACUUUACCACCUGGUGCAAUUCUUGAUAGCAGGAUUUUAAAAAUGGUUUUCACACAGGGCUAGUAGCACUCUCCACAGGCACUCUAGAAUGCCCUAAUUUACUCUCAGCUAUAAACGACCCAUCUGCAGUUGACGAAUUGCUGCGGAAAGAGACCACGUCACGUUUUAUAAUUGUUCUUUUUCCACAUGGCGGACAAACCCUAUUGGAGUGUUUACCAACAGCACCUCUAAUUAAAAAAAAUAAAAAAUUUAAUCCUCGAUCUGUCCGCGCCUCAUUCUUUGCACAACUCAAGUUUAAAUUAACUGAUACCUGCCGAAGAAUUUUCACUCCACUAAGCCACUGUGGAUCAUCCCGUACAAGCUAAUCUACUGGCUGGUGGACACGCCUGGCUAAGUAAAACAGAUAUUACAAACGCAUUCAAACUAUUACCUAUUCAUCCGUCACUGUGGCAUAUCCAUGGCGUCAAAUAGAGGGAACAUUCGCCACCAGACUCCCUUUUGGCUCCAGGAGCAGCCCAAAACUGUUCGACAUCUUUGCAGAGACUCUCUGCUGGCUGCUCCUAAACGUGGUCAAUUGUCCCAUGGUUAUAUACUAUUUGGACGAUUUCUUACUGGUUGAGGCAAGUUCCCACACACCACGUAGCAUCCUGAGCACCACAACACUGUUUUUAACACCAGAUGUUUCAUUGUUCCCUGACAAAACAUUUGGCCCCAUGACAAAGUUGGUGUUCCUGGGUAUCUCACUAGACUGUAUCAAUCCAGGCACGCCUCCCUGAUGUGAAAUUAUUAAGCAUUAAGCAAGAACUGGACCAAUUCCUUCAAAAAGGUUCUGGUACACGGAGGGAUCUUCAGUCUUUACUGGGAUACCUCAAUUUCGCGAUGCAUAUUAUUAUACAGGGGAGAUAAUUUAUCUCCAGGUUGCUCUGCCUCCUACCCGGCGUGCCUGACGAUGGCCCCAUAGUCCUCAAUCCCCCAUCCAUGGCUGAUUUGUUCAUGUGGAAGCAUGCUAUACCAAAACAGAACCUACAGAAUAUUGAUUUGAAAUCAAGCUAAUCUGUGAUCUAUUAUUUUAGUUGUGCAGUUCUAUACAGUAGAACCAACUGUAGCAUAAACUUAUCAUAAACAAGACAUAAAUAUAUUUUCCAGUAACAAAAAUAAGACUUCAGAAUAUCAUGCUGAGAUUGUGGCACAGAAGGCUUGUACAUAAUUAUUUGACUAACCAAAUGCGCUAACUGUAACCUGCUAUUUAUGGUGUUUUAGGAUUAUAAAAGUAUACAGUGAUAAUUAACGCAUCACCUGCACAUUUUAUAUUGGUAAAAUAAUUUGUGUUAAAAGACAGAAUUCUAACAUCUAGAUCCAUCCAGGAGGCCCCCAGACUGCUCAGAUAGUGUAAUGAUGUCUAGAGAAAGCUGAAUAAAUAUGAGCGAAACUAAAAGGAAAAACCAAACAGUUACACCACAUAGACUUAUUUGUGCAGUAGUGAUGAAUGGCCAUAUGCCAACCAGAGGCCAGCCUGUGUCUUCCAGGGGUAGAACAACAGUUUUGCACCAGAGAGAAGCUCUUCAGGCCUAGUUGGAAAAAAAUAAAAUAAAAAAAGUUUAAAAAAUUAAAAUAUCAGGAAGUAUUACUUUACUGAGAGGGUAGUGGAUGCAUGGAAUAGCCUUCCAGCUGAAGUGGUAGAGGUUAACACAGUAAAGGAGUUUAAGCAUGCGUGGGAUAGGCAUAAGGCUAUCCUAACUAUAAGAUAAGACCAGGGACUAAUGAAAGUAUUUAGAAAAUUGGGCAGACUAGAUGGGCCGAAUGGUUCUUAUCUGCCAUCACAUUCUAUGUUUCUAUGGCCAAGUGGAAGUAGGUGUGUUGUUCUGCUGUAAUAUUGGGAUAGGCCCAUAGCUGGCAAUAUGCCCUUCAGCGACCUGGCCCGUCAUGAAAUCUUGCAACAUGCCUCUUGCGGACUGUGUCCGCACAGCCCCCUCCAAGGCUGGUUUCCCUGGCCUAUGCAUACAUGUUUGAGCGUUUUCUUUGGUGAAAGCAGGCAUUCACUGGGGACUUAGAGGCAGUCUCUGAGAUGGGUGACCACUCUACUCCUGUGGUUUAGGUAGGUACCUUCUGUCUCUGCCAAAAUAUAGCAAAGCUUGUGUCUAGCCUAUGCAUAGUACUGGAAUACUCGCUGCUGUAGUCCGGGAAGCAUGCACUGCCCGCCAUAGCAUGCACUACUCUUACUGCAGCAACACAUGGCUCUGAAAUGGCAGGAAAGCCUCUGGGGGUGGGGGGGCAACUGGGUCAAAGUAGGACUCUGUAAUAUACAAUUUUUACACUUUUUUUCAGAUUUGUAGUUGAGAAUAAUAUAGGAUUAUAUUGUGUUUUGUUUUCUUUUAUGAAGUUUAGUGCAUUACCAUAUAAAUAUCAACACAAAAAAAAUGUCUUUUACAAGAAAUAUAGAUUUUGUCGUUGGGUGACAUGUCCACUUGCAUGGUGGUGGCCAUGGAGAGAUAAACAUACCUUUUUAGUUUAUACGCAGAGAGCAGUUCCUUCUCAUCUUAUAGAAUACCGUACUGUUGUGUUAUCACUCUAUACACUGGCUAAGAUCUAUCUAUGGGGAAAGGAGAGAACAUUUCCUAUAGAGAUUAAAUUGAUUGCAACCCAGAUUGUGUUCAUUAAUGCCUGAUUUUAUAAUCCUGGUAUGCAGUCUUAUAGUAGCAGUGAUUUUUUUUUUUUGAUUUUUUUUUUUUUACAAAUUACUCUUUGUCUGUUACGAAACGGAGUUCAACAUGCAAGCUGCAAAUGGUGCUUGGACUGACACCGUAUCAUGUGAUUUCAGCCAUGUGAAGAUAUUGGUGAAAUUAUUAUAUGUGUAAAAAAUAGUGAACUACAAUAUAUAAAACUAAUUCUUUCUCCUUUCUUGCCUUGUCAACAGGUGCAUCCAUUGUGGAGUGGUGUUUAUGUCUCUAGGAAUGCUGAAAGUUCACAUUCAAGACAAGCACUGCGAGGUCUUCCACAAGUGCUCUUUUUGUCCAAUGGCCUUUAAGAGCGCAGAAAGUACAGCUGCUCACAUCACUACCCAGCAUCCCACUGCCAACCAUAAGAACGCGCAGUAAGUCCAGUUAUGUGACAUUCCAUGUAAUUCUAGUAGGUUUUUAAUUUGUGUGGGAAUGCAUGUGCACAUUUUUGUAUAUAUAUUUUGGAUUAAUUGUAUUCAUGAGAUUUUUGUUUUAAUUUGUGUGUGCAUUUGUAUGUGUAUUUUGCAAAAAGAAAAUAACUAUAAAUAUUUCUUUAUUGGGAAACAUUUUUGAGAAAAGAGACAGGAUAAGGUUCGAAGGUCUAAAUAAACAUAGGCAUCUGAUGGUCGUGCAGGACCCAAGAUGUAGACAGGACGUGGUAAACAUAGUAAAUCCAAAGGGGAAAAAAGUGUAAUAAAAGCAAACAUAGCCUUGUAUGCAAUUAUUUCCAAUAUUUAUCAAACCCUAAUAGUGUGCCUCCUUUUUUCUAUACCAGCAUUUAUCUUCACCCCCUUGCACCACAACUAAAAACCAGAAAAAAUAUUAACAUAUAGAUGACUAUAAACAACAAAAAUGUUUUAAGUGAUUAAAUAAAGAUUAUAAAGGCCUAUCCUCUGGCCCAUUAAUUAUUUAAUAUUUAAAUCUAUAGCCUCAAGAAGCAGCCCUAAUUCUCACCCAGAAUUUGGCAAUAUAUUUAUCAUUCCCCUCCAUCCCAGCAUAAAGUAACUGCAUUAUAAAAUAUUUUUUUGAUAUCCUAAUAUAAAUCAUUAAUAUAUCAUUUACAAAAAUUUCAUUAACAUAAAUAAAAAUAAAUUUUUUAAAAUAAAUUUUAAAAAAAGGAUAAGGGGAAAAAAUAUAGAGGAAAAAGAAAAAGAAAAAAACUGUACAUACUCAUUUCUGGGCACAUGUGUCGGAUCUCUGUGCCCUUACUCAAAAACCUGCUCUGACAUCCCUUUUUGACAAAAAAAAACAAUGUCCAGGUACUAAGUCUCGAUGUGUUUAUCUCUAUCUACCAAUAGUUCAGCCCGUAGUGCCUCGGCGGCCUGGAUCUCUUCCACAUUUGAUAGCCAUUGUUCUAUUGACGGGGUGGCUGUUUGCUUGCAAAGAGCAAGUAUCAAGGAUUUUGCUGCAUUAAUCAAAUGUCGGAGUUUCGACUUCUUGUAUUUGGAGAGAUAGUUGUAUUGCAUGUAAAAGGGCAUGGUCUCUCUCGAACGGGGGUGCCUCUCCAAGGAUAUGAGCUAAUUUAGCCGCAAUCACAUCCCAAAAUGGUGUGAUAAAAUGGCAAUCCCACCAUAACCUCUUUACCAGCACAUAUCUGAUACCGAGGGAAAUAUUCUGUGCAAUAAUACCGGUGUUCUGUACCAAAAUGAGAAUAAUUUAUAAUUUAGCAAAAACAUUACAUUAUGACUUGAAACUUUAAUUUGCUAUAAUCUCCCUUUUAGUAAGUUUUGUUUUCUAAGCCUAGUGAGUGAGCUUUGCAGAUUGUAAAUAUUAGAUUACAUGAACUGCACGCAGGAUAUUUUUAAUUUGGUACACCUGUUUGUUUAAGUUUUUUGUUUCACUGUUUAGAAAAUAUACCUUUAAAUGCAACUUUCAUGUAUUUUGUUCUGCAUGUUUUCUUUGGAGGUAUAUGAAAAAACAGCUUGUAAAUGCUGCAGACCUGAUGUCUGCACCCGUUGCAAAUCCUGUCCUCUUUUACAGACGAGUCGGUCUCAUUGAGUGCAUGUGCUCAGGGCUCUCUAGGUCCCCAGAUUAACAAAGGAUAUGCCAAGAUCUAUUGCCUCAUACAGUGUCCUUGUUGAUGAAGACCUUGACCAAGAGUAAAUCUGUAUGGCUUUAAAGUGGUUUGUCUUACUUGCGGGGAAAAAGCACCCCUUCCUGCUUCCACUACUGACAAAGGAGAACUGGAAGCUCCUAAGCAGGAGCUUCCAUUACUCCCUCUUAAACUAAGCCUAGUACCACUGGACUUGGCUCUGAUAUAAAACUACAGCAUGCUUAAGUAUUUUUGGUGCUAGGAGAAUCCCUUUAAAAAAUAUUGCUACCUAUUGCAAAUUUGCCAAAUAACACUUUUUUAAAAUAACCAGUCUAGAUGGUUUUACAUGCAUCUGACAUGAAAAAAAGGAAAAGAGACAAUAUAUAUAUUUUACGAAACCGUUUUCUAUGGUGGCAGGGGCAAAACGUAACAUUUGUUGAGAGUUAAUACAAAAAAAUCAAUCCUACGUCACUUACUCAAUGCGGCUAAAGCCCUGAUCCCGCUAUAUUGGAAGAAGACAGAGGCACCCCGAAUGGAGGAAUGGAUUCGUAGGGUGGAGGACAUUCAGGGAGCGGAGGCGAUCCAAGCCUCACUACUUGGUAGGGGGGACAGACAUGCAGAGAUGUGGCAGCCAUGGUUCGCAUUUGUGUCCCUUAGCCGAUAGGGCGGGAUGGAACGGGUGGGGGGGACGCGCGGGGGGGGCAGCUGGCCUAACUGGGCAUGACCAACCCUGCCUACUUUAUUCCACCCUACCUAACCUAUACUUAGGCCCCGGGGCAACUCUUCUUCCUUCUCUACCAACCUACUUCUGAUUUUCACCUGUAACCUUUACAUAUACACGAGCAAAUAGAUAAGACACACUCACGCUAUAGUGAUAAGCCUGUAUCUUGUCUGGGAUCAGUCAGUGCACCGUAGAAAGACUACACUAUAAUUACCUCAUUCACGCCUAUCACGGAUUCCACCAAUGACUUAAGGACAUACGCAAACCCUUAAAGGGUGGGAUAGCUGGGACGGACAGACCCAUGACAGGCCUUGUAAUCACUUGCAACACACACAGGUCCAUAUUUGUAUGUAGUGCAAAGCCUUAGUAGCCACAUGGAGCUCCUUGAAAGUCAACUACACCCGGUAUGGUUAAGACCCCACCAUAGCGUAGCGCCUCUUUAGAUACCUAGCACGGAGUACCAUGGGUUACAGGGUACACGCAAAAAACAUGGCACUCCAAGGGAUGGCCUACAGCUACACACAUUGGUGCCAGGUGGAGAAGGGAAGUACUGUACCACACCAUGUGCUGAUUUUUGUUGUGCACUUGUUUAAAACACCCGGCCUCUAUGAGCCUGGUAUAGAUCUACAUGAUGAACACCUCACCUACUAUGUACGCAACCUUACUGUUUUAUAUGCAACCUGGACCUGCGAGUCCUCACUACUGAAAAUGUUUGUAUUGACAAAACUCAGUUUCUAUACACACAGAAACUUAAUAAAACAGAUUUAAAAAAAAAAAAAAAAAGAGUUAAUAAAGAGUUUAAGGAAGUUAAUCACAACACUAACUUUAUGAAGGUACCAGAAUGCAGUGUUGUCCAAAGAAUGGUCCCAGGUGGAUUCUUGUGUUCAGUGUGAAACAAUUCCCAGAAUAAAACAUGAAGGACUGGGUUGUUUGGAGGUGAGUUUUGUAAUUGGGGAUGGGCAAAAAAAAAAAUGUAAAACUCAAAAACCAUGCAAACAUCAAGUGUCUUAAUCUAAACACAUGGUUUGCGUAUUCUGCACAAUUAAGGCAUGGUGCCUAUUCUUUAAUGGUGGAGAAUAAUAACCUGCACAAUUCUAAAGUCCAGUAAUGCUAAAUGGUUCUCGCAGGCAAUCCAGGUGUCCGUGUCAUUCUUGUGACAUUGAGUUAUGGAGGAUACAUGGCCUCCAAGUGCAUUUGCAAUCAGUUAGUGGGUAAUCUCAGCAAUCAGUAUUUGAGCAUAGCCUGGGAUUCUGCCUGGGGUGCUAAAAGAUGUUCUGAUAUUCUAUAGUUUUAAAGUAUUCAAGUAAUCCAAUGGUUUUUUUUAUGGUUAACUAAAUUUUUCAUUUUCUUAAUCCGCUUCUCAAGGAAUUUAGUAUGCCUAUUUUAAGUCCGUUUUUAUAUUGCAGAAUAAUCUACAAAUGUUCAUGUGAAACUGUCUUCAAUAAGAAAAGGUUGCUGCACCAGCAUUUCUACCAAAAUACAAACUCCCUGCUCGUCAGUGUGUUUAAAUGUCCUGAGUGCCAGCUGGCUUACAUGCAGAAACAGCUACUAGUACAGCAUCUCAAGGUGAGGAUGAUAAAUGUCUCGCUAUGCAGUAAAACAACUCCCUCAGUGAGAUGAAAACAUUCACACAAAACCGAAAAUUUAACUAGAUCCGCAGUAUAAAUAGAUCAUAGAAUUGCCUAACUACAAUGUGUAAUUGUAUCAACCUCUCAAAGAUAUCUGAACAUAACCAGAGUUUUGAACAUCUUCUACAGUUGGUGCAUUAACUCAUGACUCACCUCAUCAAACAUGAAUGCAUCUGUAACAAGUUUAUCACAUGACCAUAUGACAGUUCCCAACUGUACCACCUAAAAAGCCAGUCUUUGAGUUAACACUAUGAUUUGACCAUUCUCCAAUGCAGAAUGUACAUGGCCUUCCUAAAGCCUCUGAAGACGCUGCAGCUGCUCAGAAGAAGUCAGAUACUACAGAGAAAACCGAAGACUCCUCGUUACCAGGAAAGUCCGGGGGAAAGGCUGAGGUGUCGUCCUCAUCCAAGAAAGAGACUGGAUCUUCAGAGUCACAGCAGAAUGUGAAGCUGUCAGGCUGGACUUGUGGAGAAUGCUCAGAAUGGAUUCUGGACCGAGAGACCUACAUAUUCCACAUGAAAAAGAGUCAUGGAAAAGUAAGUUUUAUUGUAAUACAUAACUAUUCAGUUGAUAUAUUGGCCAACAGCCAGUCUCUCCUCUGUGAUGGGCCUCUUCUAUCCUUAUACCACCUUCCUAUUUACCCAACUUGUUUUGAUCCAUCCUACCUUGGCUUACAUUUUGUGUCCGUUUUUAUCGUUUUGAUUUUUUUUUUAAAUGUCUUUAUUUCAAUAUACAAUCUUCCUAUUUCCCCAACUGUUUGUUCUGAUCCACCCUACCUCAGCCCACUUUAUGGGUCAGGUAUUAAGUUAUUUUUUUUAAAAUUUUAUUUAUUUGCAAUGGUCUGGGUGUCUAUAGUGUCUUUUUAAAUGACCACUAUAGGCACCCAGACCACUUCAGCUUAAUGAAGUGGUCUGGGUGCCAGGUCCAUCUAGUGUUAACCCUGCAGCUGUAAACAUAGCAGUUUCAAAGAAACUGCUAUGUUUACAUUAAGGUUAAUCCAGCCUCUAGUGGCUUUCUCAAUGACAGCCGCUAGAGGCGCUUCUCACUGUGAUUUUCACAGUGAGAAGACGCCAGCGUCCUAUGGACUCACUAAAUGCGCGCUCGGCUCUUGCUGCGCAUGUGCAUUCAGCAGAUGACAUCAGAAGAGGGAGGAGAGUCCCCAGCGCUGAGGGAGCUCGGCGCUGGAGAAAGGUAAGCCUUUAACCCCUUCCUCCCCUUCCUCCCCUUCAGCCGGGUGGGAGGGGGACCCAGAGGGUGGAGGGGACCCAAAGACCCUAUAGAGCGUUUUCCUGGCACUAUAGUGGUCCUUUAACCUAUAUUUUAUUCUCAAAAUUACUUUUUUUUUUUUUUCUUCUUCUUUGUUUAGAAUGUCUUCUUACUAUGUCUAUAUAUUUUUUUUCCAGUGUAUGAAGAGGUACCCAUGCAGACAGUGUGAACGAUCUUUCAAUUCUACUGCUAGUUUAAGAAGACAUGUCCGCAACAACCAUGACACAAAAACAGAUUACUCAUGCUGGUAAGACACUUAUAGGCCAUGCAUGCCUGAAGGACUUGGAAAAGGGUGUCUUCAGUGUUUUUCUCUACAGACGUUUUCUUUGAAUGAAAUGUUAAUUUCUACCUACACUGGAUUUCAUUUGGGCACAGAACACAUUUUGCAUUCAUAGGCAGUUCAAGCAAGCAUUUAAUCUUCCCUACACAGUAGAAUAAAUAAUAGGGUUGGUAAAAAAAAAAAAAAAAAAAUACCAAGUUCUGGCUCGCUACUGCCAUCUAAAGCAGUCAACAAUACAUGUUAAAUACUUAAUGUUUCUAUGGUGGCCAUCCACAGAGGUGCACAAUUCUUCAACUUAUAGUUACUGUUGUUUGGGUAAAUGGAAAAUAUCAGGCUGCUAGAAACAAAUUAUUUUAAAGUAUUGUAGAAGAUUGUGGCAUAGGUGCCAUGCUGGAAGGACAUCUUUACUAUGAGCUCCAUUUUUCAACUGAAUUUAUUUGGCUAGUAGUUUGCAAUCCAUUUAUUUAUUCUACAAUAUUGGGCUCUGUAUGACAAGAUUGUUACUAAACCAAUAUCCGUGUAUAUUGGCAUUUUGCUAUAUUGGUCCCGAGUGCCAUGCUUGGGUAUAGCAGGCUAGCUCCACAUUAAAAAGUCUAGCUUCUGAGCUUAAUUUCAGCAGUAACCAGAGAAUCUGACAAUCUGCUGUACAGCAUACUUUAUAUUGCAACCUGGAGGUCAGCGUGCCUGGUACUUUCUAUAUUCUUAUUUAGUAUAGGAAUGUUCUUAUUCCUUUAAAUGGUGCAUUAUUCAAACCCCGGCUGUAAUAAGUACUACCUAAGUAAAAAUAGAACACACAAAAAUUGGUGUAGGAUAUAUGUCCUUGGUUCUGAGAUCCUUUAUAUUGUGAAAAUGUCUCAUGUCUGAUUUUUGAAUGGGGCAAUUUUAUCACUCCUAAUAAACUAUCCUACUUCCUAUCAAUUUAUUUCCAAGAAUUGUUUUGCUGCAGACUUGUAGUCCUUGCAAUCUGUGAUUUAUGUUAAUAGUUUGAAUGACUGAGCAUUUUAGUGGGGGAUCGUGUAGCCGCAUGUGAUAUACAUACACCUUACUUGUAGAUAUGACCUUUAACCUAUUUUUGGUUUCAUAACUUUGCUUGAGGUCAGUCAUGACAAGUGUGUCUAUUCGCCUCCACAUCCUGGAACAUCGAUAACCAUAUUGUUUUAAAAUUCUUAAAUUCCAUACUUUACUUCAUAUUAUAAAUUAUAAGGUAUUCCAUUUUUUCCAUAACAGUUUUGUGAAAAUACUGAAGAUUUUGAUUUGCGUAGCUCAUUUGUUUGCAUAGUUAAUCUGUGCAUGUUGAUAAUCAUGUUUGUAAAGGUAUGUGAGGGUGCUAUUUCCACAUGCAUUAACUUCCUUUUUAGGGGUUUGUGUAGUUUUUGUUUCCCUAGUAAAUUGUGUUUCUGCUGUAAACUUUGAGAAGUAUAGAGAUCCUUUUUAUUUGGUUAAAGGAUCGCUGUAGGGUCAGGAACACAAACAUGUAUUCUUCACUCUAUAGUGUUUAACCCACCACUUAGGUGACUUGCCCCCCUUUAAAAGUCUAAAACUCACCUUAUUUCAGGCGCCGCACGGGUCUGUCGGCAGUGACUCUGCCCCCUUUGUGACACCAUCAAAAUGGACAAUUUUUAGCCAAUCCAAUGCUUUCCCAUCGGGACGAUUUUUUUUUUCUCCCAUCGGGACGAUUUUUAGCCAAUCCAAUGCUUUCCUAUCGGCUAAAAUCUGCACAGGGACAGGGCCAAAAGCUGUUUUGGCCAAUCAGGACCUCCUCAUAGAGAUGCAUUGAAUGCAUAUACAUUUGCAGUGUUUUUUUCUUGCUGCUUUCCAUUAGGAGUGCAUGUUUGUCCGAUUUGUUUGGGUUUUUGUGUGGCAUUACCACAACAGAACGGAACACUUUUAUUGCAUACCCAGGAUAUACUUGAAAACGAGAGAAAUAUCAAUGUAUCUUUCCUGGUAAAAUAUUUUCUAAAUAAAAUUGCAUGAACACGCUCAUUUGCUUUCACACUGCAUUCUUCUCAUCCUCUAUCUUAAUGACAUCACAUGUGUUGUGCAUUUACCAUUCUAGACUAUUUUUGACAGAUCUGAAGAUAUACCCAAUCUUUUCUUAAUUUUCUAUCAAUAUGCUUGCUAAUAAUCAGAUUAAAAAAGGAGUGACAUUAUUAGUUUGCAUUUACUCUUAUGGUUAAUUCAUUGGUGGUGAAGGCAGAUGUUCUCCUUACUUGUGUGUUUUGUUUAAUUGAUUCAGGUACCAAAUUAAACUGGGUCUCAAGCUGUAUCUGUCAAAUUGCAUGUGUAUAAUAUAUGCUUAAUUAUUUUAGAAUACAUAGAAUUAUAAAAGUAAUUUUUUUUUUUUUUUUCUCUCUCUGUAUUCCAGCUACUGCACAGAGAAGCCGAAAUUUGCCAAGCCAUCCCUGCUGGCCAAUCAUAUCCUCCUAAUGCAUGGUAUAAAAAACCCAGAACUCAGCCAGGUGACAAAGAGUGCGAAGAUACCUCCAGAUACACCUACGCAAAGUGGAGGAAAAGAGCAGGUAUUACGCUUCACAUUUAUCAUAUUGUGCUUUAAUGAUAUUACACAGAUAUAUAGUUGUUUUAUUCUUUUUCCUUUUUUUUCCCCUCCUUUAGACUAGAGGCACGAAGCGAGCAAAUAAAAAGGCACAGUGGGAGUCGGGUGAGAAGGGGAGUCCCGAUGCAAAGAAACUGAAAACUGUGUAUAAGUGUGCAAAGUGUGGUUUCACUACAGAAACCAGCACAGAAUUCUUAGAGCACAUACCUCAGCAUAAGACUGACAACUCCACUUGCCAGUGUGUGCACUGUGGCUUGUGUUACACCUCCCAGAUAUCACUGAACAGGCACCUCUUCAUUGUGCACAAGGUGAAGGAGGAUGAGGAGGAGAAUGAUCAAAAAGAAGUAAGCUCUGACUCCAAAACCUCACAGCGCUCACGCGGAAAGCAAGAUCAUGGAGUAUCUUGGGAGUGCAACCAGUGCAAUUUAACCUUUGACCUUGAGAGUGCGCAUGAUGCUCACUUACGGACUCAUAAGGACAGCUCCCAUAGCAAUCAAAAAAAGGUUUCCCAGUAGCCUAUACGGUUUGGACUCUGUGUAAAAAUCAACUUUUGGAAGCAAAACAAAUGUGUAAAGACUUAGAAAAAGAGAGAGUUUAACUGAACUAUUUUUACUGAGAAAUUGAAAAGGGUAUUGGUUUAAAUUAAAACUAAACAAAAAAACACAAAUAUCGAUUAAGGUACUGUGUAUGUUUAUAUUGUUUAUAUGGACUGUUAAAUGUUUAUUUCGGAACCAAGUCACAGUCGUCCUUUACAUGGACACACAAGGCCCAAUAUUUAAAAGGGGGGGAUCAGCAGAAAGUAUUUUUUCCAUUUUUUUUUUUAAAGCGAAUGUGAGAUGUCAUUUUGAUUCCUUUUCUUUUAAAUAACAUGUCUCCCGUUUCAACAGUAUUCAUUUCUGUCAUGUCUGGGUUUUUGUGUUUUUUUUUUUUGUUUUUUUCCAGUAGGGCCUGCAAAAUGUGUGUGACCAAAGGGUUAGGAACAGGGGUUUUUAAUGCUUUUAUUUUAAUCCACAGUUUGUUUUUGUUUUUUUGUUUUUUUAUAUCCUAUUUCCUUCUCUCCUAUUGCCUGCCCUUUUAUAUAGCUUGAAUUUAAAUAGGUUCCAUCAAAUUGUAAGGAGAGAAAAAAACGGCGUUUUUUUAAAAACAGUAACAUUUAUUUUUAUUUUUUUAUGUGCAGUAACCUUUCCUGACAUGUGCUGACACUUUCUGCAAAAUGGAAAGCUUGGAAGUAUUGUUCUCCCUGAUGUUAACAGAGAAGCAAGAAUGCCUGACACAUAAUGUCUAACUAUAAAUUUCUAUGGUGUAUUCCUCCAGGUACUGGAAGUAGAAUCAUGCAAAACAAUUUUUAAUUUGAAACCAUUGGAGGUGUCUGGAACAUAUUAUAAUAAAACAAAAUUAGAGCAAGUAAAUGCACACAAAAUAACACACCUUGUUUUAUGAGAACAAAUAGAAACUAAUUACUCUUAGAAUAUCUUAUUGAUCAGGAAUACUAGUUUGCAAGAAAUUGUUUUGAAACAAAUCUGCCUCUUGCCUGGCUAUAUGUCUAACUGCUUGACUGAAAGGCAUGUUGAAUUCUGCCUCUUUAUGAUCACAUGUGUCCAAGUAAAAUUACAGUGAUUAAUUCACAAGUCCUGGGGGUAUAUACAAAUGUUAGUGUAAUGUAUAAGCUUUACAUUGAGAAAACUAACAUCAAAGCUAAAUUGAGCUGGCAAGUCUGUACAUUUUUGCUAGUAGUCAUGAAGGCAAAUGUACAGAUUUAAGGAGCACUUUUGUGUUUGGAAUACAAAGACCUAUUCCUAACACUAUAGGAACCCACUGCCUCCCCCGUGCAAUAUAAAAGGUUAAAGAACUCUUUAAACACUUACCUGAGUCCAGCCCUGAGUGACAUUGUUCUCCUCCUCUGCCAACGUUGCGCAUAAUAAGCCUUCCCCAUAGGAAAGUGUUGACUCAAUUCUUUCCAGUGAGGAUUCUGAAAACAUUGGAAACCCUCAUGCAAAGUGUAGAGACACCCAGCGUCUUUCCCCAGAGUUAAACUCUCUGAAACUGCAGGAAGCACCUCUAGUGGCUGUCUAGUAGACCGCCACUAGAGGCAGUCUUAACCCAACAAUAUAAACAUUGCAUAGCUAACGGGGACAAGGACACUACCCAGACCACUUCAAUGAGACAAAUGGGUCUGGGUGCUUAUAAUGUCCUUCAGUAAAUACUAAUAAUACAAUCUUUAAAGUAUGCUGUUUUUGUUACGGGCGGCCAGUAGGGAUAUCCAAAGCUGUUGUGGGUCUAUAUUUUCUGUAAUGCGAAGGCUGGUUUAGUAAUUGGAGUGUUUUUUUGUUUUUGUUUUUCCCACCCAUGUUGAUAUUAAGAUUUCAGGUAGUCUACACAUUACUGCAGUACACAGUCGGGAUUCCAAUACCCCUCAGUCAUUCUAAUGUUUAAGCGGCAGAUUAUAAUAAAGUAGAAAUAUCCAGCAUUUGUACUGUAUAGCUAGCAGAAUGCACCCAAUCUCUACUUUGUCCAAUCAAAUGGCUCUGUACAUUGUUGGUUACAGAAAACACUCUGAGUCUUAUUGUGGUUGAAAUACAAGCCCCUGCUUAUAUCAGCUGCCUUGGUAGUCAAAUUCACAUCAAAUUAUUACAUUGGUCUUCCAGGAAGUCCAACACCAUAAGAUCAGUGUGAUAACGAUGUGAAAUCCCAUUAUGGUCUGGUUUUUUGGGGGGCGGGGGGAGGUUUGAAUCUAUCUUUUAACAUACAUAGUACCUGUUGCAGAUGUUGACGAUACUGCAGUGUAAGUAGACUACAAAUAUUUGGUUGUUUUCUGUUGAUGAGAGGUUGUCUUUCUACCUGUGCAAUUUGAAAUGCUGGUUUGGACAAAUCAGGGAUCCCUCCUUCCUUUACAUCUAAUGACACUGAAAACAAGACAUGUGGGCUGUCUAAAGGCAAAUGUUUAAGGAUAUUUUCCAUAACACAAGUGACAUUUGCCAAUUACCUCUACUACUCAUGGUGUCAAACUGUCACGUAAUUUGCAGGUACAGUUUGGUAUUAAACUAAUUUUGGCCCUCUACACCACUAUUACGCUGAAUUGUUUUACUAGCACGGUCAGAUCUUUUGCAUGUAAAAAUAUAUCCUCUCAAAAGAAAAUAUCUUCAUAACUAGUGGCAAUCACGGUUGGUAUUGGACCAUCCUACGUUAAGAUAGAUGUUGCUUAGCUCAUUUAUCAUUAGCAGGGUUAUAUAGAAUUGAUUGUAAAUUUGAACAUUUUUCUUUAACAGGAUUAUAAAAUUGUUCUAGUUUCUAUGAGAUCAUAAAACAAGAGUGAAGCAUUUUAUUCUCUUGCUUUUAGAAUCUUGUUACGAACAGUUGGACUAUGAUUCCUUGAAAAUGUCUGAGAGAGGCAGUCAGCCAAGAGUAAAUGCUAACUUUUGUAUUCAUAUUGUGAUUUUGCAACACAUGAUAUUUGAGAACCAGAAUCAAUUCUAUGCCUUAAUUUUUGGUUUUACAACAAGCACUUAUUUUGAUAUAUAUGUUAUUUUUUUAAAUCAUUUCAUAACCCUGCUUUCUGUUUAGCUGAAGAAAGAGAUGGUCUCAGACAUGCAAUUUAAACAAAAUGAACUAAACCAUAACAGAAAUUGAAAUCAAACAGGAAAAGUUUGGCCUGACUAGAAGAACACUAAAGUGACUUAGAUUCUAAGCAAUGUCAUUUUACUCUAGAUUUUGAAUUCAAUUGUCAAAAUACCACAAUUACUGUUUUAAAGGGACACUAGAGUCCCCAUAAUAACAACUAUAGCUUAUUGUAUUUGUUCUGGUGAGUAUACUCAUUCCCUUCAGGCUUUUUGAAGUAAACACUGCCUUUUCAGAGAAAAAGCAGUGUUUACAUUACAGCCUGGGGAUAACUCCACUGGCUACUCCUCAGAUGGCUACUAGAGGUGCUUCCUUCGGCAGUGCCAUUCAGUGCCUCCUCCCAAUUCAUGGGGACACUGAACUUUCGUCAUAGAGAUUCAUUGAUUUAAUGCAUCUCUGAGGAGAUGCUGAUGGGCCAGGGCUGUGUUUGGCUCUGCCCCUAAUCUGCCUUCUUGACAGUCUCAGCCAAUCCUAUUGGAAAGCAUUGUGAUUGGCUCAGAACACUUCUGAUGAUUUCAGCAGAGCAGGCAGAUCAGGGGCAGAAGCAUCAGCUGCAGACUUGAAUACAAGUAAGAUUUUACUAUAUUUAGGGAGGCCUGAGGAGGGGGGGGGGGCGCUAGAUGGUGGUUUUAACACCAUAGGGUCAGGAAUUACAUUUGUGUUCCUGACCCUAUAGUGUUCCUUUAAGUUUAGACAACUUAAAAGGAGAAAAAUAAGUAUUUUGUUUAUAUUGGACAUUCCAGGCACUAACCCAACCAAAAGAUAAGAUUUCCUUUUUAGAAUUUCUAAUAAAUGUGCAUGAGCACUAAAGAUUGUGUCUACGGCUGUUCCCACUUUAUUAUUUUCUCUCUAUUUCUUUUUAUGCCCAAACUUUACACAAAAUGUUGGAGUAUGCAUCAAAUACACUAAAGUUUGUUAAAAAAUUGUUCUCUGCAUUAUUACGGUUUUAUUUCCCAUUUCUGUGCUGUUGAUCAUCAUAUUUGCCACUGUGCAAUAUGGAGACAAAAUCUGAACGUAUAACAUUUGCAUGGUGGUAAAUUAGUCAGUGUAUUUUUCCCCUAUGAUUAUCCCCUCUCCUUUUAUGUUCACAAUAAAGGUUUAAUGAGCAAACAUUUAACUUUUCCAUAAGGAAUCGACUGGGAUUUUGAACAUGUGCAGCUCACUUGCAAUUGACUUUACAUUUGGCAUGAGAACCCCUAUGUAAUUCCCUAUAGGAAGCACUGCACAUGAGUGAAUCAUUCAUUUAUUUUGUACCAUUCUUAUGUUGCAUAUAUUCACCUUUUGAUUCAGCUCUCCUGUAACAACCUACAGAUGAGAUGUAGAAUUACUAUAUGACCAAGUAGUUGAGGGAAGCCACAGCUGUGCCCUUCUCUGUAUUUCUCACAAUGUUUCCUCUGAGAAGUGACAAAGAGUGGGUAUGAGCAGUCACAGAAGACUAUUUUGCAUAUUUUUAGCAAAAGAAACGUAAUUUCAGGAUGCAUUGUUCAUUGACUUACAUUGUAUGAAUUAUUACACUUGGUGCCUGGAGUGUCCUUCUCAUGGUAAAUGGCAUACAUGGGAAUAUGUUUCACAAAACUGGGGUGUAUAUGAUAUAUUAUCAAUUUACAUUUAUAUUUUCUUUAAAUGUAGAUCAUGCGUGUUCUGCAAAAGUUAGUCAUUCGAGAAAACACCAUUAAGUCCAAUAACCUACCCGUUGAACAGAAUCCUAUUUCUGCUUUGAUCUCUUUUAACUAUCUAUAGGGUGGUAGACAAGUAGAACAGACACAAUUACGUUAAUCCCCAUUACCCAAUUGUGUCCGAAGCUGGGAGAAAGUACUCUUUGUGUCAGUGCAUUCACAUCUGUAUUAAUUAUUUAAAAAGAUACACUGGUAUUGUUAUCAUGUGCAUGUUGACCGUGGUUAAGUGCAUCUCCAUUCGGUUGCAAUAACUUGUGGUCAGCAAAUAUGGCCUCUGGUUUUUUAAAGGAAGCAUAACUUUUAGAAAAGUGAUCAGGACUUAAUUGCAAAUAGAAGUUAUCUCAGCAAAAGUACUGUAGAAGGUUGUAAUCUCCAUUGGUUGUCUACUUUAACAUAUUAGACAUGUUAAAUUAGUGGGCCACUCUAAUCUCCAUAAGUAUUACAGGACAUCACAGUGGUCAUGGUGCUUGAAGUCCAUAGACAUUACUUGUCAGAGUAACCAUUUCAGAGGGAUUCAACAAAAGCUAGGGUCGUUCCCAGCACCCAUAUCACAACCCCUGCUGGGUAGCAAUGAUUGAGCACUAGUGAAAGGUUAGCAGACCUUUGUCCCCACCAUAUCCUAGCUAUUCUUGAUCUAAAUUACAGUAAACAAUGUUGUAGAGGGAACUGUCAGUAAGUGCUAGUAAGAUCCUUGGUUUGUUGAGUUUUGUGAUUGUCAAACUUAUGCAAACAUUUUGACAAAUAUAAAUAAAUGGAGGAAGGGAUACCAUAGACUUCAGACACUAUAUAAAAACUACAGUGCGUUGCAGUAGUUAUGGUGUUUAGAGCUGCUCUUUAAUCUCAUGCUUGCAUAAACUCGAUGUAGGCCAAUGUCAGGAGGAGAUUCUCCACUAUUAGGCAAUGUACUUGGGGGAUCUUAAAACCUCAAACUCCUUAGUUACUCUAUAAAGCCAAUACAUGCACUUGAAAAUAAAGCUUUAUAGAAUGAUUAUCUCUAAUGUAGGAACAAUACAUUCUUUAUUUUUAAAUCGCUCUCCCUUAAAAAAAAAAAAAAAAUAUAGGUUUUAGCGAAGCCAUAAAUGUUACAUUUGAUAAAAUCAUACAUUUCAGUAGAAUCCGUUAUAGCAAGGCUAUAGUAAAGACUGCAGAAAGUGAUUGCCUGUUAUUCUAUGAUCUUCGUUGACAAGCUCUAAAGAAAGUGAUUACGGUUUUCAUUAAUACUGUAACGUGCAACAUUGUGACUGGUUAACUAAACAGGAAAUGUUAUGCAACGUUUAGCGGAAACUAUACUUAAUCCAGUAAAAGGAAGUGGCUGUUUCAUCUAAAUGCAUUAAAGUUAUAUUUAUUGUUUAGCCCCAUGAUGUUUUAAUAUGCUUAAAUCUCAUUCUCCAAUUUGGAUAUUUUAUUCCCACCCCACCCCCAAAACGUGUUUGUUUGUUUUUUACUGCCGCAAUUUGCAACAUAUUUCUCUUUCAUAACAUGUUACAUUGUUUUGCAGUUCUUUGCUGCUUUCCUCUCUACCUGUCCCCUUGUUCAGGCACUUAGUAGGGUCACAAUGAAAGUGGUGUUCUGCCUAUUCCCUUGCCUUGUAUAGCCUCCCAAUUUGCAAUUUUAUAAAUUACUCAUUGGAUAUCAUUUUUAUUGUAUUUAAAUGUAGUCAUAUUGACUAUGUAUAUAUACAUACACAUAUAUAAAUAUAUAUAAAUAUACACAUCAACUUUUUCUUAAAGGUGCUUUUCCACUUGCCACGUAUGGUAUGAAUAUGUGUGGGUGUAGACCGUUUUAUCCAUUAAAUUCACAUAUGUCUAAAAAAAUAAAUUAAAACAUAGCAUUUAUACAUAUAUGCUCAACUGGAUCACCUGUUAUUGUUAGAUUCCUACAGCUGAGUUAUCAGUAUUGCAGACAUGGCUAUUUGGGGGACACUGUCUUUGUGACUGGUUGCAAGUAUUUGACAACAUUUUUUUUCUGUGCUUGCAAUAAGGCCUGAAGGCUGGCAAAGUAUAGUGAGAUUUGUAGUUCCUCAGUAGUUCAUACUGCCCAAUAUUUUGUAAUGCGUACCUAGCCCUCUGAUUGUUACACAAGUUAUCCAUCCAAGGCACAUUUGAAUGUUUUAAUUUGGCUAUAGAGGUCUGUAGUCCGACAGCUGUUAAACCCUGAUAUUAGAGAUAUGGUAUAACUGCUGCAGAGCGGCUGGCUGACAUACAGCCUGCCUAAAGUGUUUUUACAACCCAUACAUGCUGCUAAGUGGCACUGCACCUUUACAUUUAACAUGCAUAUAUUAUACCUGCGAUAUGAUCCAUUUAUUUCUGCUGAGCCAAGAUUUUCUCUUUUUGUUUACUUGCUUUAAAUGAUUAUAUAAUUUAAUAAAGAGAGAGAAUUGCUAUUUAUCGUGUCACAUUUAAAAAUUAGAAAAUUAUACUUUCCUUUCCUUGUGUUUUGAUACAAACAGAUCUGACUAUUUCUACCCCUUUUAUAACAAUGUGCAGAGUAGCUUAGAAGAAUGUACAGAGUAGACUGUCCUCGUAGAUUUUAUGUUAUAAGAAAGUCCUCUCGCGUUUGUUUAAUCCAGAGGAUUGUAUGUAUGUUUACUUCCAAAUAUUUGAAAUAAAUGUUUUAAACAGGCCUACUGAGUGACAGUCUAUUGUCUGUUUGUAAAUGAAGUUGCAGGCAUGAGCGGGGGUACUAGAGGCUUGUGUUGACCUAUUUUAAAGGGACACUGUAGUCACCAGAACAACUACAGCUUAAUGUGGUGGUUCUGGUGCCUAUAGCAUGUCCCUGCUGUCUUUUCAAUGAAAAUGCUGUCUUUUCAGAGAGAAGGCAAUUUUUUACAUUGCUGCCUAGAAACACAUAUAGUGGCAGUCACUCAGACAGCCACUAGAGGUGCUUUCUGGGUCAGUGCUGCGAUGUUCUG